AUGGAGAAGAGAGUGUGUGUGAUCCUGACCGACUUCCAUCAGUACAGACCCUCCAUCGGCCUGAACGGCAGACCCCCGACAAACGUAAGAAACCUGCUUCUCUCUCUGAGGUUCUGCUCCUCUUCUUUCCUCCUCCACGUUUCAUCUUUAUUCAUAACGGCACAUGAUCUCCCUCCCUCUCCUUCAGUCUGUUUUCUGUCUGUCAGUGUGUUUUUAGCAUGUUGCGCAGCUCCUCCUCUCUGGAGGCCCCCUCCUCCCAGCUGCUGAUUCAACAGGGGGCGUCAGGAUCAUGCUUUUCUUUCCUUUUUUUUUCUGCAUGUGACUGCUGUACAGACAUGCAACAUAUGUGUACAUUAUGGUUGUAAAUGUCUCUAACGUUUUACUGCCAGUUGUAAAUCUGUUUAAAAUACUGCACUGUGCUUGAUUCUGUUUUUUACUCAUUCAUUAAAUAUAAACAUAAAAAGUCUGAAAAACCCUCAACAAAAAGUUAUCUACCUUCAGCCAGACCUGGAUAACUGCAAAAAGCAUCACAGAAAAUCUCAGCAUUAAUUCUGCAUGAUGAUCUGCUCUGAAUUCACAGCAAAGUCCACAAUGUGCUGUUUUCGUGCAACUGUGUAGUUCUUUCCACAACCAUCUGUUUUCACCAUGUGAUGUUGGUUGUCCAGCAAGCUAUCAGUAUUGUAGUUGAGCUCAACCUUCAGCAGAAGUGAGAUGUAGACUCACUGCCUGAGAUCCAUCUGCCAUUUACUGGCAAUAGUGGAGAAAGCUGCUGAAAUUUGAAUGUGAGCAAAUUUCCAUUAGUGUCAGGUCUGUGCAGUGAUAAUGGUGGUCAUGAUGGUACAUGUCUGUGAUUAAGCUUCAAUCCAAUCUAGUGUAGCGAUUUGUACGAGGUACAACAUGGGGGUAGACUGAGUGCUUAAUACUCUACUGUUUUAAAAGUACAAGAUCAAAAGUAUUUGGCAGCAUAAAUUAAAGUUGGGGUAGGCAGGAUCCUGUUAAAGAGGCAUCUUUUUUGUGGUGUAUAUACAAAAAAGCUUUUCAUAUCAGUCAAUAGCUAUAAGUAAUUGAUGACAUUUGGUAAUAUAACGAUAUCGCUGUGUUUUGUUAUGUCUGUGUAGUCAACAUUUAAAAUUUUUUGAACAGCCCGCUCUUUCUGACUGUAAACAAAGCUGUUCUCCGCCUCCCUCAACCUGAUUGGUUGUGAGAUGGCCACUGCUCCUUUAUGCUGAUUGUUUUGAAGCAGAUGCUGCUCCCUUGUGUUGUGAGGCACGCUCCACGUCCUUAGUGGAAACCAAAUGUGUUGCAGAAAACAUGGUGAUGGUGAUAUUUAUUUACAGCCGGCCUUCCAAGGUGCAGUGCAAAAAUAUUUAGAAAAGUUCAAAAAAAUUGUCAAAUACUGUUUACAAAAUGUAAAAGACAAAAAGAAAAUGCCAGCUAGGCAGGAACUCCACAAUAACUCUAGAAGAUUCUCACUCAAGAGAAAAAAACAGAAACACAGCAGCAAUACAAAAGUCAGUCUGGCAGUUACUGUUCAUGCAACAAACUCCAGUCUCACAGAGAGAAAGGCCCAGAAGGCCUCUUUGAACCCCCUCUAGCCCCUCCCAGUGGGCGUUAUUAACUAGAUAAGUUUGGGGAAAAAAACGUAUUUAUUUACAUUUAUUUACAUUUAAAGCAUUUUUACCAUUUCUAACCUUCACACCUUUUUCUGUAAGUUUUUGCCAUUUUGACUAAGUUUUUACCCAAUUAAAUGGAGCAUUCAUUUUUUGGGAUUCAUGGAAAGCAACAAGGGAAUUAAUUUUUCUUGCAUCAUGUGACCACUUUGACCCUCCAUAUACCCACCUAUUUUACACCCGGAAAUCGUGCGCUUUGUUGCUUAUUUGGAAACCUGAGCCGGCAUGAUGGCGAAUGAAUGGACACCCGGCAAGUAAGUGGAGAGAUUAAUGUUUGUGUGAAUGUGUUUAAGUUUAAGUGAACUGAUAGAGCUCCAAGUGUGCAACCUUGGUAAACUCUAUCCAACAGAGAAGGGAGAAGGAAAAGUAGCGCUGUUUAGUGGGUAAAUAGCGACGCUGGCAGGGAGGGAAAUGUUUGGCGUGUAUGUGUCCAUGCGCUGCCCGCAGUCAGUGAGGACGCCGCUCCUUCACAUCGGUUAAACGUUGAAAUCGUGGUAAUAUUUCUAAUAGUAUAACUGUCUGUCUAACCGCUGUGACACUGACCACCAUCCAUGGCUCCACAAUGGCGUUUUCAGUCCAUGCAUGUUUGUCUUAUCUUUAUUUUUGUCACGUGUUUUCUCACCAGCAGCACUAAAUCAUACACACACCUGCUCCGGCCAACAAAGACAUGAGAAGCUGUGUGGUUUUCUCCUUUGAUGGUACAACAUGAGGGCUGUUAUUCCACUGUUCAGGGCCCAGAGACAGAGCUCUGUUUAAACUUAUAACACAUCUGAAAGGAGUAAAAUAUGAAGGAAUCCCUGUGAUGUGGAGAUAAUACCAUGUUUGGCUUAAUUUAACAAAAGCAGUGUGUCAGUUCUCUCUAAUCUGCUGGUACUGUAGCACAGCUAUGAUAGGUAUUUCAUGGAUUGAUUUUGUAAACGGUUAUCGCUCCACCACCAUAAUGACAGGCAACAAUCCUGUCAUUGAUCUGAUUAAUAAGCUGCUGGUGUUGUGGUGUACCUGCAGCCAGACGACCACAUGAGUGUAGGUGAACUGUGAGGCGCUUCACUGAUCAAAGGCCGGCUUAACCACCUCCAUGACCUGGAUCUAGAGUUCAGCCAGAGGCCAGACUUCAGCCUGCAGAGCGUCCACCUGGGAGCAGUUUGCACACACAUCAUGCUGUGCUGUACAAACACUAGACGGAGCGCAGUAACUGAAUAGGACCGCAAUCAGGCCAACAAGAUGAUCUCAAACUAGGAAGUGGAAGAAUCAGCUGUUUAGAGCAGAGGAUUUGAGAUCUGACUUCGACCCAAAUCUGAAUCUUUCUUUCUUUAUGCUGUGGCUCAGUGGUGGAGCAGCUCGACUUCUGGUUCCAUGUUCAGUUGUUAGAUCUGCUGGCCUUGCAGUUGAGUGGUCCAGUGCAAAGAACUGAACCCCACAAUGUGAACCCUGUGUCGUUUGAUUCAUUUACCCACCUGGACUGUCUCACCAGGUGGACUUCAAUGGUCCCUAUCAAGAGCUAGACUCAAUCUGGAUUACAGACACUUAAUGGGACAUUCUAGCGUAAAAUGAAGUUAGGGUCAAACACACCAUAACACAGAGUUAGACACUCACUUCCCCCAACCCUAACCUUGACCCCCCGUCGAGAGAUGAAUGUUGCUGACUGCUUGGUUCUCUAGUUAUACCAACUUAAGCAACGACCGCACAAUAGCAAUACACAGCGGUCUACGUCUUCACGCGCAAACCUCAACCAAAAAGCCACUCUAUAGCCACUAAUAAUGCUCAGAACAGCACCUAGCUUCAUCAACAGUACAUAUAGGGUCCCAGUCAUAGUACUAAUCAUCAAACAUCUUUUUAGCUUUGCCUGAUUUCUUCAGCAAAGAGACCAAACACAACUCACGCCCUGACGAGUCGAUCACUGAGUGCAGCGGAGUUUCGCAGCUCAAGGAAGAACAUUUAUGAUUAUUACAUCAUGGAAAUGCAAUCAGAGUGCUUGUGUAUCUUGUAUAUUCACUGCAGAGGUGGUAGUUUUUCUGCCUUAGCAUCAUGGUCUGCUUGCAUUUCCAUGAAAUAAUAAUCAUGAUUUUUUUUGCUUGACUUUAGCUUAAAUUUACGCCGGAAUAUCCCUUUAAGUCUGGUUCACACUAAAGAUUUUAAAAAUCUGUUUGUGUGCCGUAUCACAUCAGCGGGAGUACCCAAACACACAAAUUAAUGCAAGGGAGGAUAGGUUACCUUCAUGCCUUUUCAGCCUGUUUAUAUUAAAAAUGGUUGAGGUUGACCACAUUGGUUGUGUUUGAGUGAUUUACAGUCUUCUUAAAUCAGACUAGUUUUUGUCCCGUGGAGUCGUCUUCUUCUGAUCAUUGUCUUAUCACCGAAUUUUCAUCUCUGUUAAUCAUCUCAGAAACAUGUUUGCAUUAUUUGGACACUGACAAGGAUCAUGCUUUCUGGUAAAUCUCUACAAGACUCGAAUGUGUGUCAAGUCGCAGGUGUGAACUGGAGUUAAAAUGUUAAACAGCUGUUCAAAUAAAAGAAUAUGAUGAAGAUUAACGUCCUAGUUACUUCAUCUCACAAGAGGAAUGACAGGAGUAAGCAAACGAUGAUGUGUUUUGGGGAACGGCUGCACCCAAAUUCAUAUUUUAUAUUUAUGAGUUUUUACAGAGUCAUGAAUCAGAUGUAAUGUUUGUUUUAGGGGGAGGAGACUACUGUGCGUCUGUUUGACUCUGCAGGUUUGAUCGGACAAACGUCUCAGAGCUUCAAGUCAAAACAGGAAAGCUUCUCGAAAGCUGCACACACACAUACGCCAUACAAACAGGGAUUGUGCUGUAACAAAGGGAGCAUUUAAUCUGAGCGCUCUUGACAAUAGAAACGACUUAAGAGCCUGAGCGCUGUGAUCGUGCCAAAGGUGAACCAUUGAUGUGUCACAUUUGUCUCCCUCUGCUUUCCUGGCAUCAGCGCGCAGACUGAUGUUGAGUGCAGAGGUAAAUCCCAAACUGACAGGCAAAUAUAUCAAGUGUUUAAACGGACUAAAGGCAGAGGAAGUUCAGGUGUGUCACCAGGCAGAUCCUCGCAAAGGUUAAAAACACACACAUCCUAAAUCUUAUUUGGACAACCUUGUAAUUACUGCCGCACGCUUAGGAAAGACGACACCACGUUUCCUCGUCUAAUUUCCCCGCUGACAACCAGCUCAGUCCGUCAGGUUUGAGCGGCAAACUGAGUGUCAGGGUUCAGGGAGGAGAGCUAAUGACGACUCUUUUCCAACUGCACAGAUACCGACAGGCGCUCAAGCAGCAACAGGUUUUUCUCUUCGUGUGUGUGUGUGUGUGUGUAUGUGUGUGUGUUUGUGCGAAUUUGUUACAGCUUUCCCUCUUAAACGACAGCUUGUGGAAAAUGAGUCCACAUCUGUUUUUCCAGGGAAACUACAUUUCUGUUUUGUUUUGUGCUUUGCAGGAAAAGCCAGAAUAACUUGUAGAAUCUUGUUUGACACGAGAAGAGGAGAAAUUAGGCUGAUAGACUAAAGCUGCUUUUAGACCGAUGUUUUCUGAUGUUUGUGUUUUUUUUAUGUGAAAAAGUGAUGCACAACAAACAUGAACCAGGCCUACAUCAUUAUUAAAAUACUCUGAAACUUAAAAACCAUGAUCAUUAAAUCAUGACUCAGUAUUUUAUGGCUCUAUUCAUGCUGAUACCCACCUUUAAUGAUCAUGUGUAUCUUCCUCUUCUCAAACUAUCCUGUCAUUAAAGCUUUGUACAGUGAGCAAAUCUCUUAAGAAAAUACUCAAACACCUGUUUUUUUAUUAACAUUUAAUCAUCCGUAACAUAAAGCUGUAGUUAGACUGCCCGUAUGAAAUCAAACCUGCAAUUAUAGAUUGUUUUGAACAUCUCAAGUUGCUUUGGUAAAUCGUGAACACAAUAACAUUUUUCACCUUCUGUUACUGACAUAAGCUAAAUUUAAAGGUUGCAUUUUCUGAGAAUUACUUUUUCUACUUUUUCAGAGUUAGCUGCCUGUACGACAGAGUAAAGGGGGCACGUUUAAGAUAAAGAAUGUGAGAAAGCAGUGUUUAUAUAAGGAGAAUAAAGUCAAAAGAAAAUCACGCUAUAAUGUUUGAGGAUGUUAUGAGACUAAAGUUAUACCAUAAUGAAAAUAGUCAUAAUAAAGUUGUAGUUUUUCUAUGGUUUGAGCAGCAGCUGUCUUUACCAGAAUGAGGAAGGCAGCGGUUACAUGUCAGCAAACAGCAAACAUAGAUUAAAAAAGUGAAUAUUAACAGCCAGCUCACAUAAAUCAACUGUAACUUACCCACGUAGCAACACCAACAUCACAAAUAGGUGCAAUUUACACAUUAUGACAAGAACAAGCAGGCCGACAAACAAAACUAAAGUCAACAAAAGUGUUUGUUGACUUUAAUGUUACAAGCUAUGGUUGGUACAACGUUGUAGUGAUACAACGUUACUGUAACGUUUCAAGCAAUUUAAUGUUAACUGACUUAUAUAGAAAUUCAUAUCUUGUUCUUUCCCUAAUUUAGCACACUGUCUCACCUCAGUCCUGUUGGCUUUUCCCCUCUCUCUUCAGUUCAGGGCAUGAGGGCCAAAGCCCUUGUGAAAUCCCUGCCCUGAUCAGGACUCUGUAAGGACUAUUGUUUAUUCUUUAGUACAACUUUACUCUUGUUUGAAUAGGACUCAAAAGAAAUCUUUAAAAUCUUUUAUAAAAAGUUCUUUAAUGUGGUCGAAGUACUCAGUCAAAACAUGUGUGAGUCAUGACUGACAAAAAGUUCACCCAGAUUUUACCAGCAGUUUCCCUGCUGACCCAACAGGAUGAGAAAAAAAAUUAAGGUUGAAGGAGGGGGGUUGCCUCAGAGAACAAUGAUGAUGAAGACGAUGAGGGUGAGCCCUGAACCAAAACACAUGAAAAUUCCACCCAGACUUUACCUGCUCCAACCCUCAGUAGUAUUUCUGGAAUCAAGUGCAGAGGUUUUACUUGUCGAUGUGUUCUCAUCCUUUGGCUCCACUUUGUUGGGUUUCUGCUCCGUCAUCAAAAACCCUCCACAGCAGAUACAAGUGCCUCUCUAAUGUCCCUGAGCAAGAGGCAUCAAUUAGUCGGACAACCUUAAAACACACAGUUAAUCCUCAGAAUAGAACCUUUGUUGUGGAUUUUAGGUCAGAUUUAACUAAAAUACAUCUAAAAACCAUCACAAUGAGCAAUGCUAGUCAACAGGUCAGGAUUUUUGAAGUCUUUGGUGAUAACACAGAUGAGGAGAAACUAUUGAGUCUAUUUGUACCACAGCAAAUCCUCUGUCCUGUGGGUCACGAGUAGACACAGUUGAACACUACAUAAUCUUGUCAUAUUUACAGUUGAGUUCCAAAUACAGAGCCGUACACUCUGCUUACUGUAAAAUCCACUAGCUCUGUGAGAGCGGGAAUCCUUUCACAAAAAACUGUGAGAUUUGGGAGCAGAGAGGAUCAGUGUAUUUUUAGUGACUGUCCUCAAAAAACAAGAUGAUUUGUGAUUAUUUAUGUAUUCAUUUCAGUAAAAUAGUGUCAAAUCUGCUGAUAGCUGACUUUGUUUAUGUAGAAGGAGGUAAACAGCUAACAUGUAAUCUGUAGCCUGGAUUACAGCACAGUAAAAUGCUCAAUUUUUCCCUAUAAUACUCUUAGAUAUCCUGUUUCCAGACUCUGAUUUCUGCAGGAGUGAUUCAGAGGCGAUAGAUGAUCGUAUCAAAUGAGCUGCACUCAUUCCUGAGGCUUUUCCUACUCCUCUCUGAAGCUUAAUUACCUGUUUUCCUGUUUUAUGACUCUUGUAAAUGAUAUACCUGUUUAUUGUGGUGUAAUUGGUGGUUUCUAGAUUUUAUGGGUUGUUUUUUAUUGUGUUCAUGUUGUUUACGUCCCUCUCUUGAAAAAUGAUUUACGACUAUUAGUUUCUAUAUCAGAAAACUAACACUAUUUAUAGUCAACAAAUGACGCACUUCAGUUUGCAUCAUUUCUACAAACCACAGUGAGUUACACUGAAAGUCAUGGAGGGAGACAGGUUGUUCUGGAUUCCUCUCUGUCAGCUGUGCAGAGGGUUUUUAUGUUUGCAUCAGUCUAUCGAGGGUUUUGUUUAUCUGGUGAAUUUGGAUCUUAAGUGGUCUGGAGUUUUAAGGAGUGGGGAGGACACCUCUGACCGGUUCUUCAACAUGCCACUUUACAUUACUGUCUGCCCCUGAUCACCCCCACUCUUCUGAUCUCUGACCUCUGUACCAUGCAGUGAUCAUGUCUCUGGUAAACGUACUCUAGAUGGUGUUUAUUUUAACUGCUGUGAGUGGAGCCAUUAACCGCAUGAGGUUUUUUUAAGUGCGUCGAGCGGCUGCCUGACAUCUGACCUAAAACAACCUUCUGACUUUGAGUCUCAUUUAUGGAGCUUGAGCAGAACAAAUUUGCGUGUUAACUGCAGAGGGCUGACUUAGUUUCACUCAAUUCUUAUGAGAUGUCACGGAAGUCUUUAGUUCUUAUCAGAAAUAGCGAUCAGAAGUUUAUUCAUGGCUGACCACAGUGAUAAUGUCACCUACCUCAGUAGAUCAGCAGGAACAGCACAGCAGCAAAAGUCUAAACUACAUCAUCCAACUCAUGAAUUAAGGUAUUACUCCAGUAAAUUAUCGCAGAUUUAAACACUAAGUACAACCUUGACGCCGAUGUCUGGUUGAUUAGUUUGAAGAUAAUAAAUGUUUUGACUAAAAGUGAAACUAUUAACGGUUAAAAUGAUAAAAAUGUCACCAAAACCAGAAGUCAUAUUGUCUAAAAAGUAGAAGUAAUACAAAAUAGAUGCCAAACGUAACACUGGUAUAUAGAUGAGGAGAGCUGGGUGUAUUUGUAUGUAUAUAUAUGACACUAGUUUUGACACAGUUUACUUUGAGUUUUAUACUUUAGUAAAUGUUAAGUCACUUUUUUAUAAACUUCAGAUUUGCUUGUUUGGGUAUUUAUCCUCUUUUGUAUAUAAGCGAUCUUGUGUUUCGGGCUGGAAGUAUUCGUUUCCUUCUUGCCUCUUCACCACUCAGCAGCUGCAGAGAAACAAAGUUUGAUAUUGUUUGAGAGAAAGAAAUCUGCAGGAGGCCGGUCUGCAGAGAAGGGAGGAAAUGUAGGCAUGUGUGCAUUCAUACAUGCAGGAGAGGGCAAAGCUUUCUGACAGUGUGAGUGUGAAUAUGUGUGUGUGUGUCUAAGUGUCAGAGAUGGAGGAGAAAGUGGAGCCAACAGCUCAGACUCCAGCCAGACGAGCUGGAGUGACUGAGAGUGCAUGUGUGUGAGAGUGUCUGCAUGUGUGUGAGAGCAGCUCUAGGUCUCUGCAGCCUCAGCAGCUCAUUCACUCACAGCAGGCAAGGAGAGAUGAGGGAGAGAGAGGAGCUGAGGAGAGCCAGAGAGCAGAGCGAGCAGCUCCUCUCUCAGGUCAGCACGCUGGAGGAGACGGUCAAGAAGCUUCAGGAAGAGAAGAAUGAGGCGGCCUCCAGAUACAGAGCCGUAAGUCUGCUGCUCAGAUUUUCCUCUAGAAACAGCCAGUCCUCUUUUGUUUCACUGGCUUUGAGAUUUAGGCUGAAUUUCUGCCUGAUAAGGGAUUCUGGAGGUGGUCAUUAUGGAGACCCCGAGGAUUAUAUUAAGUGGAAAAUGACAGGUUUGCAGAGAGAGAGAGAUGCAGCCACCGUGCAGUCCCUGUGUUGGAGCUUGUUUUAAUGCAGUCUCUCUUUCUGUGGCUUUUUACUGCUGUGUGACCAUUUUCCAGCUUUUAUAGAGAGAGAAAGUGGAGUGUGUUUUUCAGAGUGAGCUGUCAUACUGCUGAGAGGAUCCGUGCUGUUUCCUGGCCUGAGGCGCUCUGUGUGACUGAGAGCUUUACAGACGGGAGGGCUGUUUGACUGACACGUCCCCCUCAGUGUGAGGAGGUGUUUCCACAGGUUUUACUGUGAGAACUAAAAACGGGCAUUAUUGUCCAGAGGUAUGCACUUCAUAAAUGUAACACAUUUUACUGCUUUGCUCACGGUGAUUACCACCAAACUCUUUAGAGCUUUCUGCCCACUGUGUUUCAUUAUUCUGCUUUUCUGGGGGGCAAAACUUUUGUGUUUCGCUAUUUCCCCUCCUAUUAUCUAAUGUCGAGCCUUUUAAAUGUAAAGACGUAUUGGAAAUCAUAAUUACUUCUUUAGAUACACUUUACAGAUCUCAUUCACUCUUUUUGUUAAACUUGAAACCCAUCCUCACUUUCUGAAAUCACACUUUUAAACACAUUUUUCUCUGUGAUUCACUUGUGGAGCAUAUUGAUAACCACACAGAUAAAGCACAGGUACCAGAGUUUAGACUAGGGCUUAGGAUUUAAUGGGAUUUCAAUUUUAGUGUCGAUCACGGCUUCCUGCCAUCAAAAUGAUGUGAUAAUGGAGAAUUAACGAUUGUUAUUCCACCUGCCCUGUUGAAGUUGUGGUGGAGAGAGGAGAGCAGGGAGUGGAGCAGCAGGAGGAGGAGAGAGGAAAGCAUUGAGAAGAGCAGGAGUAGAAGAGAGCAAAGCAGGGAGAGGAGCAGGGGAAGGUAAGAGGAGAGCAGAGAGAGGAGCAGGGGGAGGAGAGAGAAGAGCAGGAAAAGGAGCAGGGGGAGGAGAGCGGGGAGAGGAGAUAGGGGAGGACAAGGGAGAGCAAGGAGAGGAGCAGGGAAAGAAGAGAAGAGCAGGGAGAAGAGCAGGGAAGAAGAGAGGAGAGCGGGGGGAACAAAAGGAGAAGAGAGGACAUCAGGGAGGGAGAGGAGUAGGGAAGGUAAGGAGGAGAGCAGGGAGAGGAGCAGGGGAAGGUAGGGAGAGGAGCAGGGAAAGGAGCAGGGAGAGGCACAGGGGAAGGUAAGAGGAGAGCAGAGAAAGGAGCAGGGGGAAAUAUGAGGAGAGCAGGGAGAGGAACAGGAGAACAAGAGAGGAGAAGAGAGGAGAGCAGGGAGAUGAGCAGAAGGUAAGAGGAGAGCUGGGAGAGGAGCAGGGGAACGAGCAGGAGGAGAGGAGGGAGAGGAGCAGGAGGAGGAGGACAGAGGAGAGCAGCUGGGAAAGAAGAGAGGGGAGCAGGGAGAGGAGCAGGUAAGGCACAGGUAGAGCAGCAGGAGGAGAGAGGAGAGCAGAGAAAGGAGCAGGGGAAUAAGCAGGAGGAGCAAGAGGGAGAGGAGCAGGAGGAGGGCAGAGGAGGGCAGAGGAGAGCAGGAAGCGGAGCAGGGAGGGGCAGGUCAAUUAAAGAGUUGUUCAAAAUUAUGUGAUGGAGAUGUUAAAUCAUGGCUGAUUGUUUUCCAGUUCACAGGUGAGCUGAAAUUUGAUACCAAAGAUGAAUGAAACAAUAAGAGAAAAAGGAAAAAUGUAGAGUAAAUUCAAGUUGGUCGACUUUAGGGAGGAAAAAGAGAGGAAGAGUAAGACUAAGAACAAAGUGAGACUCUGUCCCUGAGUUUACUGUCUUUGCAGAACACUGCAUGUGUGUCUCACUGUGUCUUACAAUAAGAGACAGGAAGUUGUUUAGUUGAUGCAGAACUGAUUUUAAUGAUGAGUCAAACUGAUGAAGGCACUGCAACAUUGUAAAGCAUGAAAUGAUGGUCUUACAACUGGGGGCUCAAGGUCUCCUCUUCAGUGCACCUGUCUAGAAAGAUUUUGUCCUUCAAAGUUUUCCUUCAUAAAACAUAACUGCAUAAUCAGUAAUUGUAUAAUUUAACAUGUUGAACUUAUUUUCUUAAAAAUAAACUUUUGACUGUUUUGCUGGAGCUAUCUAUGACUGCUAUGUGCACGAUAAGAAAACUCUAUAUGACAGUUUUGAUGAGUUUGUUUGAUUUUGCCAGAAAAAUCUGAGUUUUUGUAUUUUUAUUUAUUGUAGUUUAUAAUCUGUGUUUUGUAUUCAGUUUAAGAGAACAGGGUGAAAGGUUUCAGGAAAUGUGUCUUUGUGGUUUACUUGCUUUUUUAUAAAGAUGUAAAAGCAUAAUUCUGAGAUAAGAUAACGUAUGAUACAAAUAAUUUUGAGAGGAUGGUUUGACAGAGACAGAGACUGGACGUCCUAUUUUUGAGUGAGUCUUUCUGCAGGCGGAGGAUUCAGUGUGAAAGUUUGGAGCGUCCCUUCUGUGUCUAAUGUUUCUGGAAGCGCUCCAGUGCUGCCCGUGAGUUUUGGUCAUUACUGCCGCUGAGUGCAUUAGCAGGCGCUUAAGACAACCUCAACUGAAUGCAUCAUAAAAUGAUUGGAAGGUGCUGGACCAUGGUUAAACUCACUUUCUCCAUUAUUUCUGUUUUACUUUUGUCACAAUCAGAGGUUAAACCAAUCCGUCAGAAACCUUUCAAGUUAAGUUGUACUUUUCCGACCAGAUAUGAUAACAAAUUUGUCUGAAAUGUGGUUGAGAGUGACUUUAAAAGUUCUGCAGCUUAGUUUUUCCCCUCUAGCACCCACAUUAUUCCAGAUAGUUGAUUUAAAAACAUAUCUGAAACCGCUUUGUAAAGAAAGAACACCAUGGCUCCUUGCUCAUUUUUAUAACCCCAUUUGUGGAAAAUAAAACAUUUAAUCGAAAUCCCUGUGUGCUCUGGCUCUGCUGACUCUUUCCUCACUGUGUAGAGCCAUAAAUAAAAGGUUAAUAUGAAGGAGAGCAGAUCAGCCAUAAUAUUUCAAACCUGAUUUGUCUGCAGAGAGAAAUGUGACCUGGUGUCAGAGCUCUUUAGUGCAGCAGCUGCCUGCAGGAAGCCAUCCAGUUUUCCAGAAGACUUUGUCCCUUUCCUCAUUAUCCCGUCGUUAGCGAGGCCGGAGCGACACCUCGCACAUUUCUCAGCAGCAGCAGAGAGAUGAAUUCCUGCUUCUUAAUCAACCUGAAUGCAUUGCUACCCUGUUAGGUCAACACAGUUCUGACAGACUGACUGUCCUUGAUUUACUGCCCUGAAUAAAGCUGCAGUGGUUCAGUCCAGACUGUGAGAAAAUCAACUCUUUUUCUAUCUAACACCUGCUGCUGUGUUAGUCUGACGCUUUCUGGUUCACUGGAAUCAGCUCAUAAUUCAAGUUUGCAGUUUUAUGAUUCCUAGAGAAAUUGGCAGUAACAUAACCAGAGAAAAUUAUCACCAGUUCACGGUCUGUUUGGUGCGAGUGCAUUUAAAAACUGUCAUCUUUUUUUACCUGUAAAUCAAUGCAUUCUCCAAAGUGAGUGCAAAGGCCUUGAAAUAAGUCUCCUGGUUAUUCAGUGGUGUGUUAUGAGCAUUAAAUAAGUCAACACAAUCAAAGCAACACGCUUUUAAAGGCCAGGAGGGUCUAACUUUGCAAGGCAGAUGGAUUGGCCAGAUUUCAUGUCGCACCAGGGGGAUAAGUCUUGCAAAGCUUCAAGAUGAUGUUGAUACAGACAUGAUGUCAGUCCCGUUAUCCUCUGAGAUGCUUUAAAAUCGUCAUUCUACACACUGAACCUUAAAGUUUAAAGCCGGUUAAGCAGUCAUAAAGACAGGUGAUGAUACAUGCUUGUGGGAAGUAGGGGUCCUUUUCAUUCCAAUAGUAACAGUUAAUCCUAACUACGCUUUAUUUCCACAUGAAUACUCUUAGCAAUCCAAAAAUAGAUUCAGCUUUAUUUGUCUGUGUGCUGUGCAGACUCAUUUUUGCUUCUGGGUGUGAGGAUAUGUGCGAUUUGCAUGGACCUGUUCAGCAAUGUGGAGGCUAUUUGUAGUCUUGUUUGCUGUGCAGUGCAAAAGUUGUGUGAAUGCCUGGGCCCUGUGUGUCUGUGCAUCAAAACUGAGUCUAUUAGGAGAAGUUCAUACUGUAACACUGAGUUAGACACCUCCUUGAGAGAUGAAUGUUGCUGACCACUUGCUUCUCUAGUUAUACCAACUUUAGUAACGACCGCAUGAUAGCGAUUCACAGUGGUCUAUGUCUCCACACACAAACCUCAACCAAAAAGCCACUCUAUAGUCACAAAUAAUGCUCAGAACAGCACCUAACUUUAUCAACAGUACAUAUAGAGUCCCAGCCGUAGCACUAGCCACCAAACAUCUUGUUAGCUUUGUCUAAUUUCUUUAGCAAAGAGACCAAACACAACUCACCCACUCUCCUCCAGCAGCCGGUUGUUUGUCGGGGGGCCCUGGCUAGUCGAUCACCGAGUGCAGUGGAAAAUUUAUGAUCAUGGAAAUGCAAUCAGACCGAGACACUAAGGCAGAAAGAUUACUGCGUCUACAGUGCACAUACAAGAUACACAAGAACUCUGAUUGCAUUUCCAUAAAGUAAUGAUCAUAAAUUUUCCGCUGCACUCUGUGAUCGACUCAUCAGGGCUUCCCCACAAACAAGCGGCUGCUGGAGGAGAGUGGUUGAGUUGUGUUUGGUCUCUUUGCAAAAGAAACCAGGCAAAGCUAAAAUGAUGUUUGGUGGCUAGUGCUGUGACUAUGACCCUAUAUGUACUGUUGAUGAAGUGAGGUGCUGUUUUGAGCAUUAUUUGUGGCUAUAGAGUCUUUGUGACGUAGACCGCUGUGUAUUGUUAUGUAUUGCUUUGCUGAAAUUGAUGUAACUAGAGAAGCAAGAGGUCAGCAACAUUCAUCUCUUGAGGGGGAUUCUAACUCGGUGCAACAGUGUGUUUGACCAUGACUUUAACUUUGGCCGGAAUAUCCCUUUAACUGAUGAAGGAGGUGAAAUGUGAAACUGCACAGGACAGUAAGGUGCCACAAAACCAUCUUGCUGUCAUACUCUCAUACCAGACCAUGUUUGGUUCUAUGCAAGCUCAAUUUCAGGACAGUCCUUGCAAAGAUUGUUGAGAUAUUUCAGCCUAGACUGACGCCUCACUUAGCCAUUAAAAAAAUAACUGUUGAGCAGAGAUGUGACUGUGCUUUCUAAUUUCUCAGUAAAAAUAAGGGACAACUGUAAAACUCUACUGUUGUUCCAGCCAUUUUUGGUACAUAAACCUAGAGAAGGCCGCUGUUUACCCCUCAAUUAUUACUAAUGGGAAAUAAAUGUGGAGCGUUCCUGCAGAGCAAUCCAGAUGCCCCAGUUCUGCAUGUGGAAAAACUUUCAGUCUGGACGAGAUCUGGGUUUUCUGGGACAAAGACUGGCAGGGAGAGAUAAACGAGGGAGAAGAGGGAGGAAGGUGAAGACAGGCUCAGGGGAACUGGAAGACUGACUGGAUGUUCAAGGACGAGGGGAAGGAAGCAAUUUAAUGAAUGAACAAACUAUGUAAGAGAGAUAAACUUUGAGGUGAGUUUAGGGUGAAAUGUUUGGGCCGAGGAAUUGGACUGACUGAAAGGGAAAUUAGAAAUGACUGUCAGCUUUUCUCUGGGUUUAGAUCCUGCACACUUUUUACUCCCUGUCCUGUGUUCUGCUUUGACUUACACUUAAAAAGAAACACCCCAAACGGAUGACACACGACUGUUUUCAGUUUAAAAUGUUGUCUGUGUGCAUGCUGCAUAAUUGAAGUGAUGAAAAGGUCAAACCAAAAACUUGAAUCCAAAAUGAAAUAUCUUGGCAGCUGUUGGAUAAUUGGAAUUUGUACUAAUAAGGGAGUGUUUCGCACAAAAAAGAGCCUUUACUUACUGAUGGUGCAAUUUCAGACAGUUGUACACAGAAUUUGUGCAGUUAUUCAAUUAUUCAACUGGGUAAAGUUGAUGGAUAAAAAAGGGCUUAAAAUGCUGAGUAUGCGAAAAAUUUUGGAUCUUUUGUUUUAAAAACCUAAAAGCUAAAGAUAGCAUCAGAAACAGUAAACCACACCAUAGACACCCUUAUUUCUGACCUUUAUUUUUACUUAUUGUUCCCUGAAUUGAGUUAUUUCAGCAUCCUUUCAGCCUGUUCAUUCCUUAAACAAUAUUCCUUAAAAUGAUGAUUCUAGCUAACAGCCUCCUGUAUGGCUGCGAAAUCUGGACCCUGACACCCACUCUGCAGAAGUCCCUGGAUGGGUGCUACACCAGAAUGCUACAAGCUGUUCUGAAUGUGGACCAGAACAUCCACAUCACCAACAAGGACUUGUACGGGCAACUGCCGAGGCUCAGCAAGAAGGUAGCAUCCAGGAGGAUAAGCCUGGCCGGCCACUGCCAUAGACAUCAGGAGCUCCGGCCAGCAGGCUGAUCCUAUGGGAACCAACACACGGGCACCGUUCGCGAGGACAUUCAGUGCUAUCAUAUGUGUCCUGAAGAAGGAUGUGGGAGCUGAAAGCUCUUCAGAGCUGGCCAGGUGUAUGGAGAAUCUGGAGGAUUGGAGACUGCGAUGGAAGCUUGUCUGAGGACGACCGAGAGAGACUGUAUGACUGUUAUGUAAACAUUUGCACUUUCCCUGCUGGGAAGUCUGGAGACAGUCUCCAGGAUGGUCCUCUGUGUGGUGGGCACGACUGAGGAGCCUCCUCUGUUUCAGAAUGAAAGCGUACCAGGUGCUGCCUCACAUUUGUAGUGUUGCUGAGGUACUUUGUUUUUGCUUUGCAAAUCUUGCAAAUCGCCUAGGUCUUGUCAGUCGUCUUGUUUGCUCUCUCAUGAAAUCCAGAGUACCUCCACGCGGUUGGAGUCAACCUCGGUGGCGAGAGAAUCGGCUGCUCUUUGGAGGCUGCUGAAACCGUUGCCAUGUUGCAAAGAAACGUGCUCUGUUUGAAGUUGUCCCACUCUCUAAACAGUCUGGCUGGUGCGCGCAUUAAGGUUCCAGUUACGUGUUUUUUUGUUCUGGCCUUGCGUUAUUUAUUUUUUUUCUAGCAUCGACGUUUAUCAAUCGAUGCCGAAUCGUCAAGUAAAGCAUUGCAAUGCAUUGAGACACCUCUAGUUAGUACCAUAUGUGUCUGAUAGAUGGUGCUAUUACUUGGACAAAAUUGUAGCUCAGGCCAGGCUUGGACCUUAAUCAAAUCUGAGAAAUUUGGUACUGAUUGGAUACUCUGAGAGUCAAUAGCAUAUGUUUCUACAGGGUGGCGCUAUGACUUUACAUAGCGCCGCCAAUACAUAAAUGUCACAAAGAUUUGACCAGGAGUUGGCUUUGAUCAUGAUUGCAGAAUAUCAAAUGGAUUGAACACUGUGUGAAGGAGUUACAGUAACUUCCUGUUUCAUGGUGAGACUCUGCAGCCACACCCUUUUACAACUACAAAGUCCCUUCAACAAGGUUGAUCUUUGAAAAAGUUUGAUAAAAGUGUCUCUGUUCUGAUCAGGACAGGGGUGCGAUCAGACGUGGUGGGCCGAAUCUGAGGGAAGUGCUGAUGGUUCAUAAUAGAGAGGCCAUGUCCACAUCGAUGUUCUGCAUCUCCUCUUUUUGUGUGAAGUCCAUGGCGAAGCUCCAUCGAGCUGUAAGCACAGCUGCAGACUCCUCAUCUUGUUUUUUUAAGGGCUUCAUGGUAAAUAUCUUUGAUUAAAAGCAUCUGGCAGCUGAACCCACAGCCUCCUCUCCCUCUGGUGUUAUCACUCAUCUUCUCCUUGGGAUGUUAAAGGCAGCUGGCAAUUAAAUACCAGGUUUGCAGCCUCAUGGAGGUACUGCUGUGAACUCUGGGAAUAUGGGCUGUAUUUAGUGAAACAUAGCUGAAGAUCAUGUGUGUGACUGGGGGGCUUUCCUGUAAUUCUUUCAUCCAGUCACCUUGUCCUUACAUUACCUUCACACUCUGUAAUCAGAAUCAACUGCAGCUCAGAUCUCUUCAUGAGUCACUGAGAGGGACUGAAGAACAGCAGAGUAAACAGGAAAACAGCUUCACUCUGAGGGGGUUCAGGGUCCAUAUGAUCUCCUCUGAUGGUAUCUCAAUUCUCUGGCAGACGUCUGUCAGAUAUGGACAUGUUGGUGUUGGACAUGAGUCCUGUUCCGGCUUCUUCUGCAGCUGGAGUGGGAGUAACAUGAACAGCUCUCUCUGUGCUGCCUCUCUGCACAAGAACCCAGACCACAUUGUCAAAAUUAGAGCAUGAAUUUUCUGAAUUCUCAGAAAUGUUUUCAUGUUUUCUUUGUGUUAUGGUGGCUGGAACGCUUCCGCGGCUCAGCGGCAUUGGCAGAGUGCUUAUCCUGCUCAUAUAACUGUGUCCACUCUGGACGGGUUUAGAUCCAGUGUAACUUUAGAAAGGUCAUGGAGGAACUUCUGUCUCCUCUGGAAUUUGUCUUCAUGGUAUUUUACUUAUUCUGGUUUAAAACUUCAUCUGGUUGCAUUAGAAGAAGCUAAAUUUUCUUAUCAGUGACUGUACACAAUUAUGACAAUACCUCCUGCCAAAAGUGAAGCCAAAACACUCCUUGUACAGCUGCUUUAAUAUUGCACUUUGGGUGAUGGCACUUUUCUGUCCAACUGAGCAUCUGCAGUAUCGGUGUCAUCAAUCUAGCAUGUUUCUGAUUAGAGGAAUAAGCCUUGUUGCAACUGUCCCCAGUCUCCCCUAAAAGUGCAAGUGAUGCACCAGGUGGGGAACACUGAUAUGUUUGACAGACACCACUGACACGCAGGCUUUUUGAUCUGCAGAGUAAGUAAAUUUAAGAGUGAAAUUUGGCUUUUGAGAGUUUAUUUAACUGGAUGAAACAAAUAAAGUCAACAUGUACGUGCAGAAAGGCUCUUUUGUUUUACAUUGAAACCCCUUAUUUGCUCAAUCAGGUCCUGCUUUUCCUCUCUGUUUACAGUGCUGCUGCUCUAAUAUUGCAGCCCUGCUGUUUGUUAAACUCUAGAUAAGAAAGGGCUGUGUUGUCUUUGUGGCUUCAUUCAAGAAAAAUCCUCCACUCUCGAAUUUAAAGCACAAUAAGUCUCAUUGUUCUCUUACGCUGAAUGCCGCGGCGUUGUGGGAGACAGUGUGGGCACUCGAGACAUUUAUGUCAAUUAUAUUGUAGCCUGAGAGGAGAGAGACAUUUCAGACUCUGGAUUACUGCCCUUGUUUUCUUGACUUUUCAUGGUGUGGUUUUUGAUGCUACAGCUGUAUUUCUGUGGCACAACGUUGAAGCUUUCCUGACAUCCUACCCUGAGCAGCAGCAGCCCUGUUGGACCCUGUGGGGCACCUUAGGACCCCCUGAAAGAGGGGAGAACCACCUGUUUCUGUGGGAGGAGACUAACGUGAGGUCGUUGUGGUGAAACACAGCGGACUGAGUCGUGAAUACAAGCUGGUUUGCAAGCAGAAGUGCAGACGGAGGUUUGGAUUUCAGUGGCAGCACACCCUGAAGUGAAACGUGGAUGAAUGAGAAGAGAGGAAGAGAGAGAAGAGUGAAAGAAAACUUAAGGAGGACUGAGAAAACUGCAGCAGACAGAUCAAGCAGAGUGAGUACAGCAGUGAAAGGUGUGCAGACUGCUUCUGUGCUGCCAGAGGGAGAAAAAAAACAGACUGGACUGAGUGAGUUAGCACUUUUCCUCCUGCUCAAACCCACCUGGAACAAGCAGAACAGCUGUGAGAGUCGGAGGAGUGAAUAAUUAUCUGAGCAGCAGGCGGGCGGGCAGGUUGGUACGUUUCCAAACAGGGGAAGUCUGUGAAGGUAGAGGGCGUCAGACAGGAGGAGGUGUCAGGAUGAUGUCCGUGCAGUACCGCCAGCGUCGCCACUCCCUCUCUGAUGUGGAAACCAAUGGAAACCACACAGAUCCAGGACCAGAACCAGAACCUGAGGAGCUUGACUGGGAUGGCUUCAGUACAACACUGGAGCACAAAGAGGGCGAAGUGGGUAACUCUGAUUACAUUGAGUAGAGUUUAUCGGACAAGGAUAUCUAUUUAAUGUAAAAAUUUCAGCAGAAGUACGACUGAGUCAACAAACACAGAUCAUUGAAUCAUGGUCCUCAUCACAAAAUUAGAUCAUGCUGUUAUAAACGAGGCUGGGACUCCUUAUCUUCUGUUUUUGUGGCCGUUUAUCACAUUGUUGUAAUCUUGCACUGUCUAGUUUAGUUGUAACCAUGGUAACUAACUUAAAAUACUUACAUUCAGGGCCUCUCAUGCUGCUCACUGGCAGUCGCUCAGGAGGUAGAGUGGUCGUCCAAUAACUGGAAGGUUGGCGGUUCGACCCCCCCCCAUCCCGAGUCUGUACGUUGUGUCCUUGGGCAAGACUCUUAACCCACCUUGCUCCCAGUGUGUGUCCUCCACUGGUGUAUUAAUGUGGAUGUUGUUUGGUGGUGGUCAGAAAGGUCGUAGUCGCAAACUGACCGAAUGAGUGAUGUAUCCAAUGUAAAGUGCUUAGAGGGUCUCUGAUAAAGCGCUAUAUGAAAUCUGAUUAUUAUUAUUAUUAUUAUUACUUAUAAUGUGAUCUCUUCUACCUUGAAGCGGCGGAUGUUGGAUCUUGGAAUAAGGUGACCAGAUGUUGCGUGUAGACUAGAACAGAAUUUAUUACGGUUGCCGAGAAGGCAGGAAGCGCAAGUAAGCAUGUUGCGCGCAGUCCUGAACAACAGUUUUUCUAGGGGGUUAUUACGGAGGGGGUAUUACAGGGGGCGUGUGCUGCUACUUAGUAGUACUAAGUUGCUGUCUGUGAUCCCCUGCUCUCCAAGAAUAGAGGGCCUGAAAUCACAUUUUGCUUAGCACCCCCCCUACCCCCUUGUCUCUGGAUGUCCCUGGAUUUAAUUACAGAAAUCUGGUCACCUUAUCUUGGAAUGACAUCACAUUCAUAUAGACAGUUACAGAUGGACAAGGUACUCCUUUAUUAGUCCCACAAGGGGAAGUUCCCAAACAGGGGCCGAUCUCAAAAAGAAAUCCCACCGAGAGUCAUCAAGACUGCCCCCUUAGGUCUGAAUUCCUAUUAGUAAACUUUGAGCAUCUUCAGGUUCCCCAAGCUCAAAAUCCAAGAUGGCUGCCCCCCUGCAUCAACUGUAGGACAGUUUCCUUUCAAUACUGUAUAUCAGGUACUCAGUGUUGUUAAGUAACGACCACUUUUUAAAUACAACGCUCAUUUUGACUUCUGCAAACUGGGUGCAUAGAAGGAGCUGUCAGCUUGAGUUAGAAGCAGCUGAUGUACCGCGGACUGAGGAUGACGAUCAUGGCCUGCCUGAAGUGACACUAUUCUCAAUUUUUAAAUGAUUAAACCAUUGACACCCACAGUUUUGUACAAGUUUAAUCUGUGUUACUCUCAUAGGCGAACUUUUUGUGAAUCACUGCACCAAGGACGGGAAACCAUGAUGUCUAGUAAUUGAUUUCAUGUUUGUAACAUUUGAACCCACACAUGUCCACAAUAAUGUACAUGUCCCGUCCUUGUUGUCCUCCAGCAGUGACAGGAUCAUGGUGUGUGGAGGUUUGAGAUCAGGCAGGGAAAGAGCUCAAACUGAGGACUUUUAUGGAAAUAAGUGCAGAUGGAAAUGUGGUCGCCUGAUGAUUUCACAGAUGCCCAGAUAUUUGGGUUCGUAUGAGCGCGUUCCAGAUGCUUUGCCCAUGAUGCCUGCUCUUUCACAGAGUAACAGAGAGCAGAGCUGCGUUCACAAUCGCUGCUGUUAUUGAUGGCUGCUGACUGACUGAUCUGCUGUUUGUAAAACUCGCUUAUCGAGUCUGAACUGAACGUCAUGUGUUCAGCUGAACUAUAUUAGGACAGCAGCAGGAUAACAAAGAGACGGUUUCUGCAGACCUGAGGGAGGAUAAGAUUCAACUUGUGGCUGAAGGCUGCGGUAAGAAGCUCUUUGGAUGAACUUAUUGUGAAUCUUUAUGCAGCUAAUCCUUCCAUAUUCAUGUGCAACUGCUCGGCCUGAAUGUCAUCUUCUAUUUUAAUCUCAUUUGAUCUCAAUCUCUUUCUUUCCUCACCGUGCGGGAUAAAGGUUAUCCAGAGCCAGGUUUAGAUUAAAUGAAACAGCUGUUGUGGUGCUUCAUUUAACAAAAAGCACCCUUAAUAAAGACCGCCUUCAUUAAUGAACUAACCGACUGAUUUUGCAGUCUUAUCCUGAGGCAACUGACUGAGCAACUGAAUGCAUUAGCUGUUGGGUGUUGUUCCUCUUGUUGCAAUUGCCUUGUGCAGCAGGUUUGUGUUGCAGAGGUUAAUUGUCUCAUGCUUUUAUUAUGAUUUCUCAUAAAUAAAUCAGAUUUAUUGCUUAAAAUGUUGAAAUGAAGUUGCAAAACUUAGCUGAAAGCAUAGAUGUGUGAAAUAAUCUACGAGAAAGAUUGAAGAAGUUGAAGGUAAUUAAUAAAACACAUUGAAACUAGGAGCUCAAAACUGUGACAGAAAUAAGGAUGACACAUUUUCAUAAUAUCUGAGGAUAAAUGGUUGAUAUGAUGCAGAUGAGACAGCAGAGUGCAGUCAGACAGAGAAAAAUAUAAAAACUUAAAAAUCUAGAAAUCAGACAGUUUGCUUGAAAAUUCUGAAAUUUUAAAUACAUGGUUGACUUUGUCCCUAAUAAACUGAAAACCACCAAAAAAGCCUCAGAAAACUGUGAAUACAGGUAGAAAAGUGGACUACAAGACAAAAACCAACUGUAUAUAAAAAAGAGAAAGUUCACAAUUGCCAUGACUAAGACUAAAUGAUGGCACAGUGCCAUAUAAAUAUAUUGCUAACAUUGCGACAAUACAUGUAUUGUUAGCAAUACAUUUCAAAUUACAGCUUUGAAUUUACAUUUUCAUGUUUUCCUUUGGAUUAAAUAAAUAUGAUCAAACAUUUAACAAGCAUUUUAUUAAACCCUAAUUCAUGGAUUAAACCUUAGUGAACCCAGGAGACCAGGUCCUGGAGUUUGGAGAGUGAGAUGUGGUCCAAUUCUUCCCUGAUAGAGGAUUUCAGGUGCUCAAGAGUUCAGGGUCUCCUUUGUGGUUUUACCUCAAUAUUGUCUACAAAUGUUCCCUGUUCCCUGUUUCUGUUGUUUCCCAUUAAUGAUGCCUCACCAUCACUGAUGCCGGCUUUGAAGUAUGUGCUGACUGGCUCCCUCUCUUCCUCAUAGCAGAAGAUGCUGCAUCCAUGAUUUACAAAGUCAACAGAAGUAUUUUUAUCUCAAGUGGUGAUUUCCAUUACAGAGUCAUGUCUGUUUUUUAAUGCAGUGCAGCCUGAGGGCCCAAAGAUAACUACCAUCUAGUAUAUGUUUGGGGCUGUGAGAGAUUUCUCUGAAUAUUUCUGAUAUCAUGUUAAUGAUAAAAUUCCCUUUUAAUGCUCAAUGAUAUAUCUAACCUGUUGUCAACCAACCUCAGUAGUUGGGAGAUUCCCCUCAAGGUCUUUUGUUGUUCCUCUCACAAUUUCGUAUGAGCCGUUUAAUCUGCAUCAUUUUGGGGGUUUUGUUUUGUUACUUGCACAAUCACCACAAGGGGCACUUCAGGUGAAUGGGCAGGUAAAUGCUACAAAAGGGACACAGGUGAAGCAGUGAUCUGGGGAACGGGAAGAGCUCAAGGUUUUUACCGUUGAUCUGCGACACCACUCUCACCCUCAUCACGUACAUCACCAUCGACGUAAUUUGGACGUAUCCGUCUUUUUUUGUUUGUUUUUCAUUUGAUUAAUAAAUGGCAAAAAUAUAAUUAAACAACAACCUUGGACUGGACAUUGGAUUGUACUAGAAGCUGGUAAAAAACACCUCACUUCCGCACCCAGACAGUGACUAAAAUUCAGGCCAGCAUAGUCACUACACUGUAAACCAUUACAUUUGAUUUAUAGCAACAUUUUACAAGUGAAACUGGGGUUAGUUGAAGUAAUCUGACGGCAGGGAUUCUGUCGCUGCAUCAAAGCUAAAUUCAAUUCCUCACAGUAAGCUGCUCUUUUCAUGAUAUGAAUCCUUGUUUCUUUCCGUGUUUCUGUGAACCCUCAGGAGCAGGAGAGUGUCCAGGCAUCCACGCAGCACUGUGUUCAGUUGGAGAAGGCUCGGCGUGAGCUGGAGCGGCAGCUGUCAGGUCUGUCAGAUCGUCUGGAGGAGGAGGAGGCCUGCUCAGCCCAGCUGAUCCUCCACAGGGAGCGACUAGAGGUCGAGUGUAGCAGUCUGAGGAGAGACCUGGACGAACUGGAGAACGCUCUGACCUCAGCUGAGAGGGAGAAACAGGUAAGAGAGGAUCUUCACUAAAGCAUGGCCUUGUUGUCAGUUUAUGGCUUCACAUUCAGAGGAAAGUUUGACAUUUGAUAGGUAGAUUCGAUAGGACAGAAAAGCACCAAAAAGACAUUCAAAGUGUUUUAGAAAAGCAAUAUGUUGGGCGGCUGUGGCUCCGUGGUCGAGUGGGUCAACGGCGGGUCUCUCACAGCUCUGAGUGUAGAGCCUCAAUGAUACUGCUGGACUUUAUUCAGCAGCCUCUGAAGGAUCUGAUCUGGGUCAGGAUUUGAGGAAGCUGAUCCUGUAGUUUGGUUGAGGUUUUCUUGGCUAAUUCUACCGCGUGGUUUAAGUACAGUAAUAGAGAGAAAAAAAGAGGUGUGACAGGACUGCAUUACAGUGGACCUGACAAGUCCAGGCCUGUCCUAAAGGCAGAGUUUACACUCAGCUUUGAAAGUAGAGACCCUGUCUAAUAUUUGUAGUAUGCUGUCAUAAUACUGAUAAUUCUGAACGUGACGCGUUUGAUCCAGAGCAUGAUUUCACUCAUCUGUCUGUUCCCAUAAUAUAUCAUCAAUCACAUUCGCUGCUGUUUUUGAAGAAAAGAUCUGAAACUCCGGCGUCUCAGUUUUCUGUGGAUCAAUGAUCUGUCACAUUUUACACUUUAACUUUAAAUGUGUUCAGGAGGACUCCACAUGCUAAUAAAGCUUUGAUGAUUAUGCAGAGAGAGACGAAAUAAUCACAUCUGUUUCUGUCAGCCUUUUUAUGGUCCAGCUAUAAAAUCAGAAUCCGUCAGCAAGACACAGUUUCCAGAACAAUCUGCAAUGACUAAAGCGGUCAAAUGAUUUUUCUAUUGAAAAGAGGGUUUUUUUUUAGCCCCAGGCUGGGAAUUUAAGUUUGUCUCAAUAAUAGUGUCUCCUGUGGACAAGACAAGACGAUCCUUUUUUGUUGUGUAUGUGUUUUAGUGUUUUUCAACAAAAAAAAUCUCAUGUCUAAUUUUUAACAAUCACACAUAUCAAUUUCGGAGAAUCUUUUCAAUACAAAACAGCCUGAACCUUUACUUGAAUCAUGAAUCUUUUUUUCAGUUUGUAGCUUGCGGUUAAUGGUCUUGCCUGCCACCGACAUCCUGAAGAAGGUAUAAUCAUUCAAAGAUUCAGAGAACCUAGAAAAAUGUCUAUACAAAAGGAACAAGGCUAAAAAGACCGGACGGUUCUGACCAUAGACUGUAUAUACUAUGGACAACUUGACUCCGCCUUCCGUCAUUAUACGAAUUUGAAGCCGAAUUGCUCUCUGUAUUUCUGUUAUUUUUUCCACUUCCUGGAAUCACCACUUGUGCAGUAGCGUUGUACGCAUUUGUCGGGAGAGUCAUUGAGAUGAUGCUCAGCUCAAACAGCAUAUCCCCUGGGUGAGCUACGCAAUCUUCGUACGCCCAUAGGCUGUAUCAAGUGUCAAUCAUAGAGAAUUUGAACCCCCUAAUAACUUUUAAAAAAUAGAGCUGUACAGAAAAAAAGAAGACUUAAGCACAAACCAGUCUUACAGUAAAUACAUGUCAACAUCACAACCAGGGGAAUGAAAAAAAAUUUAUUCUGUGUAAAAAAUUUCUAAAGUUUGUUCAAAGCUCCAUAGGGAUUGCUGGAGGAGGCGGGAUUUAUGACCUAUACUGCAGCCCAUCACCAGAGGGUGCUGUUCUCAUGGCGGCUUCGACCAGCGAGGAGGCAGAUGGUGUCCAUUCUAUAUACAGUCUAUGCUACGGACCCUCAGGCUGCAUUCCUUUACAGAUAGUCAACACUCUGCAGUGGAGAUCACUGCAUGGGUUUGAAAUCACUUCCAAACACCACUGUUAAGUUAUCACUGCAUCCAUUCAAAGAAGAACCAAAUCCAAGAAGUUCUGACAACUUUAAACCGCUCUGCAGUCUGACAGAUCAAAGUUUGACUUUUGUUUUGGAAAUCAUGGACUCUGCGUCCUCUUCGCUAUAGAGGCAAGGGACCAUCUGGCUUUCUAUCUUAAGUCACCUUGAGUCAGAGGCAGUGUCCCUGAUGGUCUGAGGAUGAUCAGAGUCCAUGUCAUAAGGCUUCAUUAAUGUUGAACAAUAUCUACAGGUUUAGGAGCAACGUCUGCUGCCAUCCAGACAAAGACUUUUUCGAGGAAGACCUUCAUAUUUUAGCAAGACUAUGACAAACCACAUUCUGACAACAGGGAUUAAAACAGCGUGGCUCUGUAGUAGAAGAGUCCUGCUGAGAAACUGACCCUGACUGCAGUCCAGACUUGUCACCCAAUAAAAGCAGAGAACAGAGGAGAGUUGUUGAGCAGAUUGUAUGUAUCAGGUAACUUUGAGGACUACAGAAACUGGUCUGCUUGGUUUCCAAAGUCAAAGGAGGAGAUGAUGCAACACGAUGAUAAAAGCCAGUGCUUAAUAUUUGUACGUGAACUGCUGUGAUCAAGAUCAAGACUGAUCCUGAGGCUGUUUCAGUGGUCUGUAGCAGCAGCCAUCUUCUGUUUAAGGGACCCUUGGUGAUCACCGUAUACUGAGUCCUCCUCUAUCAAAACAAGGGACAGAAAUAAUUGCUUUAUAUUUGCAUUGAGGAAGUUAUUAAAUAACCUGACCUUCUUUUCUCUUUGUCCAGUCUUCAGACACAGAGGUGAGGAGGCUGUCUGAGCAGCUCCAUCAUAAGGACCAGGUGGUGCAGAAGCUUCAGAAAGAGAAAGAGCACCUGGUGGAGCUCAGCCAGGUAAGAAACCAGAGGAUGAAACUACACUGUCUAGAAUUAUUUCUUACAGAAGUUCCUUUUCAGGCUGUUUGGUUAAAUGUUAUUACAUUAUCAGACUUACCCUGUUUUAGAAGUAAAGAAAGCCUCCUCUGUGUAACAGUAUCUGAAAACUGAUCCAUAUGUUCAGUGCAGCUGCCAAAAGUGGCUCGGGUGAUAAAUGUGCCCCCAUCAGCAGACAGCUCUCUCUGCUUUGAAAUCGCUCAAAUCUUGACCUCUCACAACCUUGUGGCUCUCUGUGUCAGCUGUAAGAGGCCCUGACCACUAACCUCAUCCAGAUGUUUGACCAACAGUAGCAAUGGAGAUAAAUCUGAGGGGGAAAAUGAGCAUCAGAUCUCAGUACGAUCCUCAUUCUGUUUGAUUGUGGAAUAAGUCUGUGAUGGAGGAGGAAUAUAAACCGGGUAAAUCAAUCUAACACAUUCAGAUUUGUUUUCAGUCUCCAGAGUGUGAUGAUCUGGAGCUUUUGUUCCAACAUGAUGGAGAGACAGAGAGAAACUCACAUCUUCUACCAAACUCUCUAUCUGAGCUCCACUCCAGACAGACUGGUGUUGGUGGAUGUUAAGAUGGAGCAGCAGUGAGUGAUGAACAUGUGCAGCACAGACUCAGACUCAGACCUCACCUUCAUCUUGUUUCCUCCUGACAGCAGGCCAUAGAGGACCUUCAGAGCGAAGAGGAGAAGGUGAACCUGCUGACCAAAGAGAAAACCAAGCUGCAGAUCCAGGCUGAGGAUGUGAGUUCAUGUUUGGUGGUCAUGAAUAAAACUGAUCCAAUAAUUGAAGGUCAGGGUUUCAGUUUCGCUCUCAGUUUAUAAACUCUAUUUUAAGUUAAGAUAAGCUGGAAAAUCCUGCCUGAACUAUAAUUAACGAUAACUAAAGGUCAGUGGGAACACUAUGAGCUCUAAACUCUGCAUCCAACAGAAGCACACAUGCUUCACACAUUAAAUACUGUAUUAAUAUCAAGGUCAUAAAAGAGUAUUUGAGGAUUGGAAACUUUGGGUUAUUUCACUUAAUUCUAACCCUGUCAGCCAGCAGACUGUGGAAAAUCUGUUUAACAUUAAAAUGUUGAAUUUUAAGUAUAAAAAUUGUCAAAUUUAAUAAAUGGUCCGUAUAAAAAUUAUUGACUUCUGGCUCAAAAACACUUAUUCUUUGGCAGUUUGAUGUCGUAAAACACUGGUACUAGUUUUAGCUUCCAGAAACCCAGCAGUGAUGGUUCGAAUGUGCUGUUUAUAGCUCUAUUAUGUGUUCAUUGUGAGAACUAUGUUUUAUAUUUUUUGUGUUUUUUUGUACAGCUGGAGUUUUGUCUGGAGCAGGAGAGGCGUCAGCGCGGCGAGCUGGAGAAGAGCCGCAGGAAGCUGGAGGGAGACAGCAGAUCCACUCAGGAGAGUCUGGGGGAGAUGGAGAGGAACCGGAGCGGGCUGGAGGAGCUUAUCAAAAGGUCAGAGGGUUCCUCCGGGGUUAUCAGAAACUUACUUUUUUUCAUGCUGUUAAUAAGAAAUCCUGAUGAUUGUCCGUACAGCCUUCAGCCAGUGUGAAAGUGCAAAAACUGUAGUUCCUCUACUGUCCACUAGAGGCUGUCUCCAAAAUUGAGUUAAUCCCCAUAGAGCCCUAUGUUAACAAGUUCAACUUUUACAGUGGAAACCCCAACAUGUUUACAGGCUGGUGAAAGCAGCAGUUUUGAUGUCUUUGACCCUAGUUACUUGAUCUAAAUAUAUUAAGAUUAAGAGUAAAUAGGCAUAAUAGGGGUGUGGCUAAUUUGACAGACAGAUGAAUAUGUUGUAGCUGUUUAGCAGGUGGCUAAGGACUUUGUAUAUUUCAAACAUGGUGUUGCAUUAGGACCAGGACUGUUGGUAUAAAAAAGAGUUUCCUCUAUUAAACUUCAUCCUUUAUUUUUUAACAACAUACAUACAUUUCGGAGAAUUAGUAAAUAUUUAAGUUGAGUUAAAUAAUAAGAUGUAGAUAACUGAUUCAUAAGUUUAUUAAACAUAUGCACCUCUACUAGAGUAACCUCGAUUGCCACAUUGACUCUGUAAUUUCAGUGUUAAUGCAAAAACAAAAGUCCCAAAAGUGGCCUCCUCUGUCUCUGUAAUAGUCGUGUAUUUUUCAUGUUACAUGUGUGACCACCCACUCCCACCCCAUCCAGUAUAUGACUGGUCGGCCAAAGCAGCAACACUGGUACACUGUGGAACAAAACAGGUUAGCAGUCAGAGCGGUCAAUGAGACAGUAAAUAGUCACAGCAGGACACAGCAGUUUCACUCUCGAGUACUCACGCUGCCUAUUACCCUCUCCUCCCACAAACAGAUUACUCCUCUGAUUUGUGCACAAUUUGUUACUGGCUCCUCCACUGUUAUUAACGAGCCAGAUGUUUUAGCAGUAAGAAGGACAUGAUGAUUAAUAUUACUGGUUUAAAACCCUGGCUUUUUAAAAGAAUAGCACACCUUAAAUGCAAUAAGUGGCCCAUAAUUAUCAGGAACCCACCAGCUUUCAGUGGGUCCAUUUAAGCUUUUGAUGUACAUAAUCAAAUCUCUAUUUGCACAUUACUGCAGUAAGCAACUUUAUCAUACUGUGUUUUUAUUGAGUGUGUUUUUAUUGGCUGGGUAUCCCAGUUAUAAGUCUCAACUUUAGCCUCUCUUGGUCAGAUUAUCAGUGAUGGCUACUUGAUUCGUCGCUAACACGUGGUUAAUUAUAAUGGUCAUCAUUAUAGUCAUUGUAGCAGCCUGUUAUUUUUCUCAUGAGCAUGACAGUGUCAGAUUUCAGAGCUGCUCGCUCAGCCCUCCUUCUCAUUAACUGAUAACAGAGUGCUGUUGUCAACUUGAGCACUUUCCUGGUUCAUAUUUUAGGAUUUCUUUUCAUCUGUUUAAUCAUCAUCAUCACUCUGAGGACUUUUCUCUAACUUGUAAUCAGUCAUAAAAGUGAUAAAAAGAAAAGCUGAGUCAAAUUUACCCUGCUGUCGCAAAUCAGAGGGAAACACGCUGUUCUUCAGCUUUACCUCACAGAGUUUCAAAAUAGCUUGAAUUAAAGAGAAGGAAGAAAAAAGCAGAAUGAAAUAAUUACAUGCUCACUGUAAAGGGAUAUUUCAGCACUUGCGGAGUGCAGUUGUGUGAUUUAUUCUUUACUAAUAUAUUACUCUCAUAUUGUGUAUCAGCCACUAAAAAGAAACUUGGCCCUCCUAAUGAAAACUAGCUUUUCAGCAAAACUGUUAAAGCAAAUGGACUUCCUGAUGUCCAAGUAAAGUGCUAAAUAAAUUCUCAGUUGAGAGCACACUUAACUCACAAUAAAUGCUUUGGUUGGGGUCUCUACAGCAAAAUUAUGUGUCAGAGUUGAUCAGUAGAGAAAUGUUAGCUUAGCUAUCCUGCUGCUUCACCAGGCAGUUUUUCAGUAAAACAGCAGAACUGUGUCACCAAUUACUAUUACUAGGGACAUGCAACUCAUGAAACCUCCUUUAAAUAAUACUGAAACAUCCCUUUAAAGAGAUAUUUCGGCAUAAAAUUAAGUUAGGGUCAAACACAUUGUAACACUGAGUUACUGAGCUUGUCUAGUUUGACCAGCUUUAGUAACGACCGCACGAUAGCAAUACAGAGAGCCACAUGCUCAACCAAAACGCCACUCUAUAGCCACAAAUAAUGCUCAGAUCAGCACCUAACUUCAUCAACAGACCAUAUAAGGUCCCAGCCAUAGUACUAGCCACCAAAAAUCUUUUUAGCUUUGCAAAGAGACUAAACAAAACUCACCCACUCUCCUCCAGCAGCCGCUUGUUUGUGGAGAGACCUCUGGGCGAGUCCAUCGACUGCAGUGGGGAGACGCAGCUCAAGGAAGAACAUUUAUGAUCAUUUCCUCAUGGAAAUGCAAUCAGACCGAGACGCGAAGGCAGAAGAAUUACUGUGUCUGCAGUGCAAAAUGAUUGAUAUGAAGGUCAUUACUUUAAGGAAAUGAUAAAGUAAUAAUCGUAAAUGUUCUUCCUUGAGCUGCGUCCCCCUGCUGCAGUCGAUAGACUCGCCCGUAAGUCCCCAUACAAACUGGAGAAGAGUAGUUGAGCCGUGUUUGGGCUCUUUGCUAAAGAAAUCAGGCAAAGCUAAAAAGAUGUUUAAUGGCUUGUACUAUAGCAGGGACCCUAUAUGUACUGUUGAUGAAGUUAGGUGCUGUUCUGAGAAUUAUUUGUGGCUAUGGAGUGGUGUUUUGGCUGAGCGCAUGGCUCUCUAUAUUGGUAUCUGCGGUCGUUACUUAAGUUGGUCGAACUAGAAAAGUAAGCGGUCGGCAACAUUCAUCUCUUGACAGGGUGUCUAACUCAGUGUUAUGGUGUGUUUUACCCUAACUUAAUUUUACGCCGGAAUAUCCCUUUAAUGCAGGCUGUAGGUCUAUUACAGCAGGACCUACCCACUCUGAUUACAUCUAUCUAUAAGCCCCCGUCCCUCUGAGAUGAUGUCAUCCUCAGGUGCUGUACCUGUGAUAGUGUGUAACACACCUGCUCCACAGUCCAGCUAUCACACUCUCUCACACUCAGUCAGCGUGCUCGUACCUGUCCUCUGUGAUACCAGAGCAAAUGGAAUCAAUCAGUGAAAUAUACCCGCAGCAACAAUAAAACAAGAUGGAGCAGCUGUCAGAGAGCACACACACACACACACACACACACACACUGAUCAGUGAACAAUAACAUCUGCAUUCAGAGGAUUAAAUCUGGCUCUCUUUGGCUUCAGUUAUUGGUCGACCCUGUUUCUCUGUGAGGGUUUAUAAAGUGACUCACCUGGUUGCUAAGCUGCUGUGUUUCCAAACAGGCACAGAGAAUCAAAGCUGUCACUCAAACUGACACAGCUAUAACAAUAAUAUUAAUGAAGCAGGAAACUGCACACACACAUGCAUCCUGCUUGUCAGCGUUUUUACAUAUGAGCCAAAAAUACAGAGGAGGGUGAAAUGGAAGUUAAAAGAUAUCAGCUUUGUUUUAUCAUCUUUAGAUAACACAGAUCAGGCAAAAGGAUUGCAAAAACAUUCAAUAUGAAGUUGUUGUCAUUAUUACAAUAACCUUUAUUGAACCAGGUUAGUUCCAUUGAGAUACAAGAUCUUUUUUGCGGGAGACACCUGCGGCCAAGAAUGUUGUAAUAUAAGGGCAAACUUUGUUUAGGAGUGCCUAAUAAAAGAAAAUAAAUAAGGGUUGUUGCAUUUUAUGAGUAAUUUUCUGAAUCUGAAUCUCUGAAUCUGUUUGUGUCUGCAGGAGGGAUCUGGAGAUCAGCAGCACCAGCUCAAAGCUGGAGGCUGAAGAAGCUCUGAACAUGGAGCUGCAGAGGAAGAGCAAAGAGCUGCAGGUAGGAACCUUAACUCUGCACAUACAGGAUGGAACAGUUGAUAUGGUAUUUACAGCACUCACAAAUUUGGGUUUAUACAUGCAAACUCAAAAAUCCCUGUUAACGUCAACGAGGAGGACGUGGAAAAAUGCAAGAAAUAAAAAUUGAAAAAGUCAAAACAACACAUUCAGCAGAGAACAACACCACACAUCUGCUGUUCAGUCAAGAACCAGGAUUAUGACUUAACCAGACUUACAUUUGUUAAAAACAGUUGCUUUCCAACAUGUGUGGACCCUUUUGAUGGUCUAGACAGUUAAACAGAUCACAGAAGGUUGACCGUCAUCCACCAGAUAUUCAAUCUGCAGCUUCUAAUUUCAGAGAUUUGAUGAAAUUUUCCCAAAACACUGGCACACUGAUUUAAUCUCUGUCCAUCUGCAGCUGGUUCAUUAGAUUUAUGACCUUGAAAUGAGAUGUUUUAAUCUCAAUGAGGCUUUCCUGGUUGAAAAGAAACCACAAAAAACAACUGAAAUACCUCAAAAAAGUGCAUCGAAGGAAGGACCCGUCUGUAAACUUAUUCCUGAGAUUGACACUCUGUCAGGAGGUUGGUUUCCUGAAAAAGUCCUACAGUGAGGUCAUGGUGUCUUACAGAGAAGUAUUCAGAAACAUUCCUGCCUUUCAGCAGAGCUGCUGUCCUCUGCUCUCUGAUUGGAUGAGUCACUUCACGGCUCUGUACCUGUCAGGAGACGUUACAAACGCACACCGCCUCCAUUAGACCGAUAACCAUCUCUGAUGAUGAUGGGAGUCGAAGCAGACAGGAGGGUCUGGAGACUUUCUGUCAUAUCUCACUGUGGAGACUCUGAAUUUUUCAGAUCUUCUCCUCAGAUGUGGGGUUUGUCAGUUUGGACUUAAUGAAGCUGGAGCUAAACCACGGCGCAGACUGCAUGUUUACUCCAUGUCAUGUUUUACCACAGCUCAGAAAUCAAGACUGAUCCAAGCUGGAACCGAAAUACCCAGACUGUCAUUCUAUGCAGGUCUACAGACUCAUUAAAAGUUCUUAAAAUAGCAGCUUUAAUUAUUUCUCAGCUGCUUUAUUGGGUGUCUUUGCUGAAACAUAUAAGACUGUAUCAUCAGCGUAAGGCUGAAAACAUACAGGAUCUGUGUUGAGCUUGUUCCGUCAGCGUCACGUAUGACGCAGCAAAUAGGUUGCCAUUCUAAUCAAUGCAGCGUCACAUACAGGACGCGUUGCAGCUCCGUCUCAGAAGCAUAUCGAGAGCAGCAAUGCUAAUAAUAAGUCUAUUUUCACUGCUCUACGCUUCCAACACGCAUCAAUGUACACAAAGAAGAUCACUCUGUCAAGCACGAUAACCGCGCAUGUCAUCCGGUAAAUUUUAAAAUAAAACACCACAUGCUAACUCCCGACUGUGUAUCAGAUUGUGUAGAUGAGAAAUACUUCCUGGUUAUGGAUUUUAUCAGUAACACAGAACAAUCUGAUGGUCUAUCCCUGAUCCAUGUGGACCCCAACAGGAUUUUUAACUGCUAACUCUGUCUGAAGGUAACAGCACAGCACAAAGGAACAUAGUUUACCCAGUGGGCGUCAUAUUAAGCCUUGAGGGAUACCUAUUUCAUUUAGUCAAGGAGCACACUUUUAAAUCCAUCUCAACAUGUUGCCCUCCUCACUCUGUAGAUAAGAAACAAACCAUUUAAAAGUUUAAUUUAGACAAAUGAAGCGAUGUCACAGUCUACAAUGUCGAGCGCCUUUUUAAGCUACCUGCUAAGAUCAAAUCUGCGAUUGGAGGGAUCACAUAAGCCAGUUCUGGUUUUAUCUGGGGUCAUCACUCAUGGAAACAUUUUAUCCAAAGAAUCCAAAUUCAUCUGAUCUCAUCACGAGGAAAGAUUUUAUCCAGUAUAUCAACAGGAACGCAGUGAAAUAAACUUGACUCUGGCUGACUGUGGAAAACUUUAAAGUGUCAUGAUUUCAUCUUUUCCUGCAGCCUGAAGCUGAUUUAUGCUCAGCUGCUCAUCACUCAGCACUGGAUGAGCUCAUCUUAUUUAUCUGUUGUUGACAGUUACAGAGUGAUGAUAAAUUAAGAUGACUGAGCACACGGUUAACUCGCUCCUGCUGUAAUCGAUCUUCGUCAUCGCAGGAGAAACAUAGCUGCAGGUGAAAACGUUGUCUGUGGCUCUGAUCCAGCGAGGUUCAGAACCGUCAGGGAAUCACAUCAACACUAAGCAACACCAAUAACUUAUUCCACUCUGUGGAAACUGUGUGAUGGGAUUUUAAUAUGAGUGUCAAAAUGUGAAGUGACAAAUUGACACAUUUAACUGUCAGGAAUCAAUAAAAACAUUCGAGUUUCAAACUUUUUUGCAAAUUUAAAGCUCAUGUGAUUACUUUUUUGAUGUUUACAAAAUGAACUGAAAUUCAUCUUAAGGUCUUUUCAGAGUCUACAAAAGCAAACAGACCAUCUGUAACAAGACUGACUCUUCUUAUAUUAUAAGUAUUAAUGUCUGAAAGUGGUGUGAGGGGGUAAGUGUUAUGCUGCGUUCCAGUUACCUCGGAGUUUGGAUGUCAGAGCUGGGAAUGACGCUACACCAGAGUUGACGGCCAUCCAGUAAACAAGUCGGAAAACCAAGAUGGACGCCUACUGUUACCCGUUGUUAGCUGUUGUUUACAAUUGUCAGCUGUCGUUAUUAGCGGUUGUCAGCUGUUGAUAGUUGUUGUUAGUCAUAAACAAUGCACAACACAGUAUUUUACUCUACAAACACAAUAGCACCAUGUUAGACGUUGGGUGGCACAACAUAUACCACUUAUUUAAUUUCACAAAAACAAAACACAAGUGUUAAUAAAUAACACAUUACAAGAGCUUUACUGUUGCACUUUACUGUCGAUGCACUACGUUGCCAUCUUGAAUUAUGAUGUUAUCAUCAAGUCGGGGUUGGCGAGGACUGUCCGACUUUCAAAGUUGGAAAUCAGACUUCAGGAGGUCGUUAUAGAUGAAUUUCAGACUUGGAACUCUUUGGAGUACAACUGGAAUGCAGCAUUAGCCAAAGGAAAAGCCUUGUUUUUUACAAUGUCCUUAAAAUAUAUUCACAACGAAUGAGUCAUUUGACAUUGAAAAUUCAAUAAGAUGGGACUUUUGUCAAAAGACACUGCUUGAGCAUGUGGAGGACAGGACAGGCAAAGACUGGGAUUGUCCACAGGGGGCGCUACAAUUAACAUAAACUGAAAGAUCCUCAGAAGAGCUUAAAGAUGUUAAAAAUCACUAAGCACAACCAAUAAUAAUAAUGAUAAAACACAUAAUAGAGUCUUUCUAAACACAGUCAGUGUUUUUCUACAUCUUCAAGAACUCAAAGUGUUUUUUAAAUAUUUGGAGAUUUUUUUUAGAUGUCCUGUCCAAACUUUUUUCACACUCAGUAUCUCUCCUGACUUCUCUUGUUUGAAUCUGUGAGGAAACUUUCAGAGCUUGUGUCGGUUUUAUUAACUGAAACUGCUAAAACCAAAGAUUCAGCUCACUGAACUUCCAAUCCCAACAAAAGUGAGGAAGAGUCCUCGCAGUGGUGGCAACACAUUAUAAACAACUAUUUUUGGCAGCUAUAGAGGAAAAAAAUCACUUGAGUCAUGAUGACCUACAACCAAUCUUCAGGACCUCACUUUUGAAAGGCUUUGUAGAACGACAAAGACAACAGCCUUCAUUGACUCACUCCACUUUCCUCCUGUGUUUGGUCUGAGAGUGAAGUUUAUUCUAAGGCCUUUCCUGUUAAUCUGACUGUGUCAUCCAGAUCCCAUCAGUCCAGUUUAGUCUUUAAGCUUUAAUCUGUGUCACUGAGGCGUGUUCAGAUAGUGUGUUUGGUCUGACUCUGUCUUUAGUAAAGAGAGUAGAUCUAAAGAUUGUCUUCAGCGCUCAGGUGAAGCUCCUUCGUCUCAUUAAGAGGUCUGAAAGGACCAAAAUAAAGACGUCUUUGUAUCAGACAGUCUGUGGGCAUAUUUUCACAUUUACUGUAGCUUUGACAUUAUCUCACAAUGAGGCUUUUAUACAUGUGGCUCCUCCCACUAAUGGAGACGCAGGUGGACGGGCAGCACAGCUGAUUCCUCUGUCGCCCACUCUUGUCUGGCUCUGACGUCAGGGUCCCGUGGUUGUGUCCACAGACUGUAAAGGAGUCACAGAGCCAUCUUUGUGUGUCCAUCAUUUUUUAUGAAGCAUCGCUCUCCCUCUCUUCAGAGCUUUAGUUAAAGAUGCAAUUAAGGAGGCGGUCAUAGGUCUGCAGUCCUGCUUUCUUAUAGCUCUUAAAUGUUGAGAAAUAGCAGAUACUAACAUACUGUGUAAAAAGCAACACCCCUGCUUACAGACACACCUGGAUCCUAAAAGUGGACCAAUUGGAGUACCUGCUUUUUCUUGUCCCCUGACCAGUCAAAGUUUUUCCAUUACAUUCAUUCAUCCAUUAACACCAAAUUCACACACUGAUGGCAGAGUCUGCUGUGAAAAGUACCAUCAGUUUUUGACUAACUGUGAACACACCGCUGGAUACGGCUUGUAGUAGGAAUGGGCGAUUUGGCAGAAAACUUGAUCACAAUAUAUUUUGUCGUAUUGUCUGAUCUCGAUUAUUAUCACGAUUUUUUUUCUUUUUAACUGCCAGUUUUAAAGCAUCUGUAAUAAAAUCUGAAUAAACUAGAGAUGAGUUCAACAUUUCAUUAACAAACAGAGUAAAUAACAAAGCAAAUUCAAUAAAAUAAACUUAAAAAUAUGUUGAAACCAUUUGAACUCAUCAAUACAACAAAUUUAAAUAAUUACUAAAUAAUACAGUGAACUAGCUUACAGACCCAAAAGGAACAAAUGGCCUCCUCAGGGGUAAUAAAGACACCUUAAAAUGUUAACAUUAGAUGAUGUAAACGUAGAUGAGAUGAUUGAUUGCUGCUUUGGACUAGUGGCUGCACCGCUAGUUGUGGCUUAACUGCUAAUGCUACUAGUGCAGUGCAGUCAGCAGUGGCAGGCUGUGCAGACUUCGCUCGAAUUUUCAUGCUUUCUGCAUAAUCAUUCGGGAAGUACUUCUUUAAAUGAUUAAACAGAUCUGUUGUGUUGCCAGUUUUGGAGGGCACUGACUGCCGACAUACCUUGUUCAUCGGCUUAAUUGCUCGAUGUCACUUUGAAAAUACCCAAACCACCACCACACAACCGAAGUUUAAAAACUUUUCUUCCCAACAAUGGCAUCUUUGGAAAAUGACUUUAAGUCAUGGCUGACGUUUAGCUCCACGUUCGGUCAUUCUGUUUACUUUUCCGGCAACUUACAGAACUGAGCAGGAAAAGCUCGACUCUGAUUGGCUGUUGUCACGUGCAUUUGUCACGUCUUGUCCUAUGGAACUUCUGAAUGUGGACAGCAUGACCUGGGACUGACUGACAGGUGGACACACUGUAUUUGUCUGUAAGGAGGCUUGGCCAAGUCAGCAUUACCAAUAUUGUGACCAACCUAGAUAGGCUGUGAACCUGACUUCAUGAACCAAUGGGUGACAUCUCUGAUGCUGUGUCUAUUCAUCACACAUUUAAUGGUUUUUACCUAAACGGUAAAAAGUCAAACAAGAAAGGGACUUGUAUUUUUGCCAUGCAUGGUACUGAUAAAACAAAACCACUAACUAGAAUAAAAAUGUGAUUAGUUUACUGCGAGCAUUUCAAAGAGCAAAAUACUUCCUUUGUCUCAUAAAAGAGAAAAAUAAAAAAUGUUAAUUGAACAUAUUGUUUUAACUCAGCUGUGUCUAAUAUACACUAUGGUGACCUGGGAGGAAAUGUUUGAGAUUUGGCAGCAGAGCUGGGAUCUGAAACAAAUAAGGGAGUGUUGGUAGGGAUGGAUUUCCUGCAGCUUUUUAAAAACUGAGUUUAAUCAAAUGUUCAUCAUGAAACUUGGUGGAUUUUGGAAAAACAAGGUCCUGGGACAAGCUGCAGGGUUCAUUCAUAUCUCUGCGGUAUGAUAUGCACCUGUGACUUGCAUGCUUCACGUCUGGUCCGACCCACGUCAUCACAUGGAGUUAAUUGCAUGCAGCGCUGUGACCAGGCCAACAGCACCUGUCAUCACUCAGCCAAUCAAACAUCAGGACUUUUACAGCUAGAAGCAUCUGAAGGAGUUUAAGAGAACAAAGCAGAUUUAAAAGCAGAGCAUGUGUGGACAGCAUGGUGGACUGACUACAGCAGGGGGUCUGAUCCAGAGAGAGAGAGAGAGAGAGAGGGAAGGAGGGAGGUUACAGGAUAUAACUGCCCACGCUGCUGAAUCUCCCCUCAGACAGCAGAGAGGAGACAUCAGCUCUGAGGCCACAUCUGAAUGUAAUUUAAGGACAAUUAUUCUGUUUCAGAGAGCAGCGUGGAAAAAAGAAAACCUUAAGAGCAAACUGUUACAGAAAUCAAACCUUGAAAUCAUCAGCAGAAUCAUGAGCUGAUGCUUUUAUUUCCACUUAUGACUCCAGGACGCAGCAGGGAAGGAGGCUCUAACUUAGUUCAUAUGAAAGGACACACAAACCUGGCGUUAAAAAUGUCAUUCUACUAAACACAAGGAGCCUAAACUAUCCGUGCAGUCUGUCUGAAACAUCUUUACACUGUUAGGUCUCCGUGUUUCUACAAUCAUAUUAGAGCCACAACAUUUAUUUUGAGGCUGGUUUGAGGUUUUUGGGAAGCAGGAAUUUAACAAGAAACAGAUCGGAGAGAGACAGAAAGGGCUGUGCAUGCACAAGGGGGUGUGGACUGAGAAAUGCCGGAGGGGAUCAGCGCUGAGUGUGUGUGUUUGUGUAUGUGUAUUUGUGUGUGUGUGUGUGGGACAGCCAGUCAGUCAGUCAGUCAGUUGGGCUGCUGCUGCCUCACCAUGGCUGUUCUCUCUGCUGAUGUCCUGCGCUGGCAUGUGAGUUUUUCUUUACUUCAUAUUUAGUAACAUCUCCAAAUAAUGUAGAAAAAGGAAGAUAGUUAUUUCUUUGUUGCUGUUACUGAGUUUGAGAUAUCUCUGGCCCUAUUUCUGGAGUAUUUCUGAGAAGACACUACAAACUUUCUAGUCCUUUUUAUGCUGGAUAAUUCCUUGUGCGUGCAUGUUCAUAUUUGCUCUCAAAAAGGUGAUUCUGUGUGUGUGCGGUGCAGCUGUGUGUGUGUGUGUGAGCGCUGUUGCAGUGUUUGGCCUCGGGCUUCAUGCCAUGUCAGACACACUUCCUGACACUGAGACACAGAUAGAAGCAGCAGAUAACGCUGCAGAACAUGACAAGACUUGGAGGGAUGCAGCCAUGUUGGGAAACCGGCAAUAAUUUUUUAUUAGCAGGACAAAACGAGGGUUUGGCUCCUGAUCAGUGCGGAGAAAUGUUGCUGCGGGUUAUUUACUCACGUUAGAUCAUUCUGAUUGUUUUGGCUGCUGGAGAAUAAUCCACUGAAAUGAUGUUUGGCACAUUCAAUCCUGCUGAAAGGGAGCUUUUGCUUCAGGAAGCAUUUUAAUUAGACAGGUGAAAAUGCUGCUUUGAGAGGGGAAAAAAACUCUUUUUAGGGUUGUUUUUUUUGUUUUAUUUUCUAUGAUAUUAAAUUUACCUCUAGUUGGACCAGAACAUUCUGUGUUGAAAACGAUCAUCAAAUAAUUUAUGAGUAAAAUCUGAUUUUGCAACCCGGUCAUUAUAGUUUUUAACUUAAGAGUUAUGACUUGUUUGAGUUUUACAACAGGCUUUGGCUGUUACAUGAAAGGAAAGAAAUCCUCAAAACGAUGGUAUUAGUUUGCUUAAAUUAUUCUGUUUUCCACCACAAAAGAAAAUGGAUUUUUGGUUUACAAAGGUUUGAAAAAAUUUUAACCAUAUUUUACAAUUAGUAAAAUAAAAAAAGUACAAACAGUCAGUCGGUCGUGUCAAAUUUAAUUUCUCUUCAUCAUAGUGUUGUAUGAAUUCCACGAUGAAAACACAUAUGGGGAUUUUGUUGGACGUCUAUGAAAUAGACUAAAAUUCAUUCUAAUGGCUUUUUAUGACAAACAACAUGAGCAAGACCGUAUACAACAUUUUUGAUAUAGUAACUUUUUUGAUACUAUUGAUAUAGUAACACUUAACAAUAACCAUGUUUUAUAAAUAGUAAUUAGAUAGUUUAUUAAUGUAAAUUAAUUGUUCCUCUACCAUUAACAAGCAAUGAAACUAUGAUUAAUAAUUUUCACUAAUUCUUAACGGACUAUUUUUUAAAGGUUUAUAUAGGGUUUAAAUAUUGGUUGUAAAACAUCUAGAUUAAAAUGUGUGUCAGUAGCACUUUGUAAAUGAUUAAUAAGUGGUUUAUAAACACCUAUAAACAUUACUUUGGUGGUUAUUGUAAAGUUAAGGUUAAGUGUUUAGGUUUUUAAAAUUGUAAAGUUUACAAUUUAUUAAUGGUCUAUAUGCCAUUUAUAAAUGAUGAUUAAACAUUAAUGAACUAUCUGCUUACCAUUUAUUAAUAGUCUAUUUACCAUUUACGAGUUAUAUUUUUGUAAAGUGUUACCCGGUAACUUUAAUGCCUCAAAUUUGAGUUAUCCCAAACAGACAGUUUUUAAAAUUUCCAUUUCAGAAUCAAUUAUAAAAUUGUCUGUAAAAGUCAGCAGGAUGAUAGGGUGCCUACAGAGGGCGCCAAAACUGACUCAAACACAAAGUUCCCCACUGGAGCUUUAAGUAAUGUCAGCAUCAUUUCUUACAAAAGGUUUAAAUAUGAACAAUCCAAAGGUUUUGCCAGCCAUUAAAUUACCGACCCUGACCCCUCAAAUCUUGGGACCAUAUGUGAAAUGAUGGUAAAAACAGAUUUGGAUUGUUGCAAAUUAUUUUGAGGCUAAAAAAUAUUGUAAAACCAUACCCAAUGUUGAAACUGACAUUUUUAUUUUUUUAUUUUAAAAUUUGAUACCAGCAGCACAUUUAGAAACAUUUGAGACAGGACCAUGUUAACAGUAGAGUGGCAUCACCUCGUCUUUCAACACAACUCUAAGCCUGUUCAGGAGACCACUUCCUGAAGUUUGGGAGUCAAAAUGGUACCCCAUUCUUGCUUGAUACAGGUUUUUGCUGCUCAACAGUUGAUGAUCUCCAUGAUCAUGUUUGUUUUUCCUGUCAUGGUGCUCCAAACAUUUUCAGUGGUUGACAAGUGGACUGCAGGUAUACCAGUUUCUCAGCAAGACUCUUCUACUACAGAGCCAUGCUGUUGUAACCGCCGUUGUCAGAAUGUGUUUUGUCAUUGUCUUGCUGAAAUAUGAAGGUCUUCCCUGAAAAGUCUUUGUCUGGAUGGCAGCAGAUGUUGCUCCUAAACCUGUAGAUAUUGUUCAGCAUUAAUGGAGCCUACACAAAAACAGAGUCAUGUCUGUUUUUAAUGAGGUGCUGGCUGAUAACCAGUAUUGGUUUUCAAGUUUCUGGGAUUUAUUCAGUUUCUCUGGAUCUUUUCAUGUCUUGUGCUAUAGAUGAUAAAAUCCCAAAAGUCUUUGCAGUUUUAUGCCUGGUAACAUGAUUCUAACAUUUUUAAAAUAUUCUUGCUUGAAAAUAUUAGCUCACACAGUCUCUCACAGAGUGGUGAACCUCUUUGUAUCUUUGCUUCUGAGAGACUCAGCCUGUCCAGGUCAUGUGACUAACCUGUUAAAAGUUAGUUAGUUAGUUUGGAUAUAGUCCCUCAGAAGUUUAAAAUUAAAUUAUAUGAAAAAUUAUUACUUUUAUUAUCUUUUUCAGUGUUUUGUUGUUCCUGCCCCAACUUUUUUACAAACAUGUUGCUGGAAUCAAACUUAAUGUAAGCACAUUUUUUCAUGAAAAGGGACUUUUUUUUUUUAAUUUUAACAAAGUUGUGUUUACUCUAUUUUUGAUGUGCAAAAAGCAGUUCAUCAGUCUUCUUGGCCUUUUACUCAGCACAUAUGUAAUAUAAUGAGGUGUCAGCUGAGAAAAAAACGAGCUAUGUGUAAAUCUCCUGUGCACAGUCAGUAAUUGGUGCCUGCGGAUUUGUGAUCCGUGCACAGUAUUAAAAUCCAUGGUGAACAUUUUUACAAGCUGAUGACUGAUUGUAGCCGAUUUUAGGAGGUGAUUUCGAAGUUGCAUCUCACGCAUAGCAGCUAAAAUGAUUGUUUUAGUGUACAGUUUGUCAUUUUCACCUACAGAAAUCUCAUCAUAUCUCACACUGAGUUGGAUUUAGUCCAGCACCUGGGACCGUCAGUCUUCUGCAACUCUCUGGUCCUUCAGAGGAGGACAUAAUUACAAAACCAAGGGCUAAGAACGAAACUGUGUUCAUGGACUGCAAGUUAGUGGGCAUAUCUACUGUGUGCACUAUGGGUCGUCAUGUAAUCAGGACACAGAAAGAAGGGAAUUAAUGAGCAACGAAACUUGUACUGGGGCAGCACAGUGGUGUAGUGGUUAGACACAACAAGAAGGUCCUGGUCAGGGCACCUCUGUGUGGAGUUUGCAUGUUCUCCCUCUUUCUCUGUGGGUUUACUCUGGUUACUCCAGUUUCCUACCACAUCCCAAAAAAACAUGCACAAGUAGAGUUCUGUUAAUUGGUCACUUUCAAAUUGCCCGUAGGUGUGAUUGUGGGUGUGGAUGGUUGUUUGUCUCAAUAUGUCAAUGCUGCGAUGAACUGGUGACUUUUCCAGGGUGUACCCUGCCUUCACCCCAAGAUGCUGAGAUAGGCUACAGCCCCCCCACAACCCCAAGGGGCUAAGCGGUAGAAAAUGGAUGGAUGGAAAACUUGCACUGUGUAAUGCAGACAGCUUAAGCUUUACCCUGUGGCAUGUGACUAGGUGUGGCUGGAUUGCCAUAAAAAGGAAUAACACAAUUGAUAAUCAGUGUGCCUGAAAAGCCAAAGGACAGAGAGAGCACGGCAAAAAAUGCUGCUGCAGUCACAAACAUACAUUAGCAUAUUGCAAUAGCUUGGCUAAAGAGUGGGUUACAGUAGUGUUGUGUGAUUCGCGAACGAUUCGUUCAAAAGAACCGUAUCUUUUAAGUGAACAUACUGAAUCGAAUCACUUCCCCUUGAGUGAAUCGUUCGUUUCUCACUUCAGUUGAGCUGAAGUGAGAGACAGUAUUGCCAGGCCAGCGGCCAGCAGACGAGGGACCACAUGCACCGACGCCUGAAUCACUUGGUGAACGAAUUAUGCAAUAAACUACACUCUCUGGAAUCAUUUUUGUUGGACAAAGCAACACAGCCAAACACUCUCGUCUCCUGGUCCCAGAAGCAAUGAAUUGAACUGAAUCCUGAAACGCUUAGCUGUCAAGAAGUCAAAGUCGCAGGCCUCUCCUGCUAAAUAAUUCGGUAAUUUGGUGAACGAGUCUUUUGAACGAAUCUUUUUAGUGAACUUAUUCUAGUAAUUUAGUACAUCUAAAAGAACUGCCGUGUCCAUCACUAGGUUACAGCGGUCCAUAUCAUAGUAAAUAUAACUAUCUUUGUAUAGGUCUUGAUGAUGCUAAAACUCUUAAAUUUUAGAAAAAAGUUUAAUUAAUCAACCAAGUAACUCCUUUUUUUUAAAUAUUGAAAUUAAUAUUUUAAACUUUGGGAUAAUAAAAUUAUAAGAAAAAGAUGUCUUUCUUUCAACCAGAGGAAACACUGAAAUUUCUCUUUCGUAUUUCAAAGUAUUAAACAAAACCAGGGUGUAAAAACUGCACUGUAAUUGGGUUGUUGCUUGAGAAAGUCAAGCUGCCAGCCAGACUGUAAAACCGAGAGAAAACAAAAACAUGACAGAAAUUCCUCGACUGUCCUGUGCGAAUUGUUUUGGUCUCUCUGAGCGGACAUAGCAGACCCGGCUCGGGGUCAGGAUCCAGAUAAUGAUGGUGACUACACACAUUCUUGCUCUAAAUUGCUACCUGAGGAAAAAAAGCCAGAGGCGUGCCAAAUCCCAAGAGAAAGCAGAGAGACGGCCUCACCACACACCAGAGCCACCCUGAAAUAGCAAACAGGCUGUGAGGUGACGCCCCAUUUGUUCUCUGCCGGGAUGCAAUAAGCUAUAUGAAAGCUGCAGAGGGAAAGAGCUUCACAUCACAUAUCACACUCAUAUUUUUUACUUGAGUCCGAACAGACUGUUAAUCUUUCACAUGAUUCACUGAAAUCUAUUUCCUCUGUUAUCAGGCUCGAAUCGAGGAGCUGGAGGAGGAGCUGGAGGCUGAGCGAGCCAUGAGGGCAAAGGUCAGUACACAAUAAAAACACCACAUCAUGUAACAUCCACUGCGUCUGCAAAAUAAAGAGCACAUGAUCCAUGAGUCUAUGAAAGUGUCAAAACUGUAGUUCCGUGAGUGUCCACUUGAGGCUGCCUCCUAAAGCGAGUCAGUCCCCAUAGAGCCCCAUGUUAAAACAUCCAACUUUAACAUAGAAAUAAACAUGUUUACAGCCUGGUAUAAAAACAGUUUUGGUCUCUAUAACUUAUUCCAUGUAGAGCUAAAGUUUGUAUAACUUAACAGGUGGGAUUAGUUGAUUAGCAGCUAUCUGUGACUGUGCUUACCAUACUUGUUGGCUCAUUCAGUCUUAGUCUUGCAUGGAUUCAUUUGUCUUUAUAGGGCCGAUGUCACAGUUACUGGUUUACUGGUGUGGCAAAACUGGAGGGAAACAGGAUGUUGUAGGAGUCCUGAAAUGUUAUCUUGGGUCGUUUAAAAUAAAACAGAGGGAGUAGUGGUCAUGCUCUCACAGUCAAAGAGACCUGUGUUAGCUUCCCCCCAAAAAGCAACCAACGUUAGCUAUGAAGUUGUUUUUGCUUAAGUGUCUGAGGGAUGUUUUACCUCCAGCAAAGCCCCGUCCUCCAAAAACACUACUGAGACUACGUCAUCAAAUAACUGAUUCAAACUAAACUUUUCAGAAAAUGAGCACAAAGAUGUAAAUCAGCCUGAUGAGAGCUAACUAUAAUAACAUUAACAAUGACUGAGAACCUUUCAUUUGAUGUGUAUUUUGAUUUUACAGUUUAGGCCAUGUCCCAUCUGUUUACAUGGAGGAGGUGGGCUUUAUGAUCCAAACUGUAGCCAUUCAGAAUGGGGAGCUUUAAAUAUUUUGGUGUCAUUUCUGGGAGAGCUGUAAAGAGAGAGUAACACUUUGAUAACUUAGAGUGUGCUAAAGACUGCCUCCUCUUCAGCUUCAUCCUCUUGUUGGAAUAAAGUUGCUUCAAGCUAUGCUGAGGUGAUGGUCAAUGUGUCAAACUUGAGCUGCUGGAUUCACCUGAUGUUCUCAGUCUGUGGUUCCUGGAUGUAGGGAACAUUAAAAGUGUAAGAAAAGCAAAGAAAAAAGAUUUCUGAUACGUCUGUAGCCGGUGGGGUACAUGUGUUCAUGCCUCGCCUCUAGUCACCCCAAACUAUGUGCACCUGUGAUAAUAAACUCAGGAGGAGGACCUCAUGUUUCUGAUUAACAUACAGGGCAACCCCAGAGGCGUUCAGGGACUCCAACAUCCUUCUCCCUUUGAAUUAUGUCUUACUUUUCACAAUCUCGCUCCAUCAGUGCACCUUCUGUUUCUUGUAAUCCACUCAGAAAGCUAACCACACAACCCGCAGCCCCCUGUCUGACUGUGUCUACGUUUUCACUGUGUCGUCUUUAAAAUGUGAAACCAUUUCAAAACAGCGGAUUGGUUCAUAUAAACCUCGUCUCAACAGAGAUGGCCACUUUAAGUGCUUGUUGUUUUAAACCAGACGCUCUUAAAUCCUCAGUGUGUUUUAGCUUCAGAUCCUGGCCGCCCCUCUCAGACCUGCCUGCAGAUUCCACGUGAGAGUUUAUUUCCUACUUUCCAUGUUUCAAAAGGAAAAGGCAAAAAUGAAGAGGUGCGUAUUUCACCCUGAGUGUCGAAUAAAGUGACAGCGGGCCCUGAAGGCAUGUUUUGCACACUUCUCCCUCUCUGGGUGGUAUUUCUAAUGGUGCUAACCCCCCACCCCUCAGUCUCUAAGGCUGCAGAGCGGUGGGAGAGGCAGGCAGAGACUUGCAAGUCUUUAUCUCAGAUACAGCAUACCUGAGCCGCAGACAGGCUCUCUUUGUUAGACUCUGCUCCUCAGGUCACUCUCAGAGAUAGGAUCAGCAGAUAGAGGCUGACAGACGGAGCUAUUUUCCACCGCAGCUUCUACAAACUGGAAUGCCAGCAGCAUCACACACACACACACAAACACACACACAUACAAAUGUACAGUGGAGGGUUUACAGAAACACACACACUUCAAAAGAACCAAAGCAUCUAACCAGCAUGUGAUGUGUGGGAUAUCAAUAUCUUUGAAUAGUUUGUCAAAAAUGUCUCAGAGGGAUGAGCUUUACAAGCUUUACAAAAUAUAAAAACUGAUGAUUCAGAUGCUUAAAGGGAUAUUCCGCUGUAAAAUUAAGUUAGGGUCAAACACACCGUAAGACCGAGUUAGACACCCCGUUGAGAGAUGAAUGUUGUGGACCGCUUGCUUCUCUAGUUAUACCAACUUUAGUAACGAUUAGAGGAUAGCAAUACAGAGAGCCAUAUGCUCAACCAAAAAGCCACUCUGGAGCCACAAAUAAUGCUCAGAGCAGCACCUAACUUCAUCAACAGUACAUAUAGGGACCCAGCCAUAGCACUAGCCAUCAAACAUCUUUUUAGCUUUGUCUAAUUUCUUUAGCAAAGAGACUAAACACAGCUAACUCACUCUCUUCCAGCAGCCGCUUGUUUGUAUGAAGACUUCAGGGCGAGUCCAUCGACUGCAGCGGGGUUACGCAGCUCAAGGAAGAACAUUUAUGAUCAUUACUUUAUCAUUUCCUUUAAGUAAUAAUCAUCAUAAUAAUCAUUUUGCACUGCAGACGCUGUAGUUCUUCUGCCUUAGCGUCUCUGUCUGAUUACAUUUCCAUGAAGUAAUAAUCUGAACGGGGUGUCUAACUCGGUCUUACGGUAUGUUUGACCCUAACUUAAUUUUACGCCGGACUAUCCCUUUAAUAGAGAACAUUUUGUCUGUGAAUUUCUAACAUUAUUAGCAAAGGCCCUCCUCUCUCUAAAACUGAUUAAAACCAGUAAGGAGUUUCAAGAGCUGAUUCAAAGGCACUAUGGGGAUAUAUUUUUCUGGUUAAGAAACAGGCUGAAACUGAUACUGAUGCCUUCUUAUGGCCUUCAAAAGUAAACUACACCGGCGGCAACAUGGCAGUAACUUUUAGUGGUAACUUUUGAUGCCUAAAACCAUGAUGAAGGUGCAGGAGGCUGAAGAAACGGCAAAUUUUCAACUCUUCCAUGGUAAAUACUCAGAUACAGUCAUGCAUUUCAGUGUUAAAAGACAACAGGAUAAAGUUUGUGUCCAAAAAGAACUUUCCCAUAAACAGGACAAGAGAGGACAACAUCAAAUAAAAAUCACAGAAACAACAGGCCUCUCAGAAACUUGACAAGAAAUGAUUUGAUGUUUGAUUAACAGAGAGCGUCAGAAGAGGCACUGAGCUGAAUCAUAAUGAGACACACUCUUCAUUGAUUCAAACAAGUGAAAACACUAAAUAUCAGUUUCAUAUUAAAACUUCCCCUGAGCGCUCCCAGUGGGGCCUCAGAGGCUGCCGGCUGAGCUGCUAACUUCAAAUCUAUUUGUUCUGAUUCUGGAAAAAGAAAAUCUCAAAGGCUAUGACUGGAAACUCCUGGAAAGAAAGUGUCAUCAAAAGGUCAUAGCAUCCAGCCAUCUGGUGGACAGCUGGCAUGCCGAAGUGAUCUGAUGGAGUUUGGUUUGCAUAAACAAUCAAAAAAAAAAAAAAAGAAAAAAGAACGGCCCUUUGAUUGAACCACUGAGUCUGUUUCCAAAUGAAAAAGCAGAGUCAUGCACACCCCCACCCAAGUACACUGUUAUUUUUGUUGUUCUGUACAUUUUCUGAAAAAUGUAGAGAAUCAGAGGAUCAGCAUUUACAAGAAAAAUGGGGUGGAACCUCUCAGAUUUGGGACCAUUUCAAAGAGAAUGGAAACCAAACAAGUCUCCUUUUUUUCUGUGCCAAAGUAACACUGCUACAAUCUAUGCUCAUAUACUGUCAAAGUGAAAUAACUGGCAUUAGCUUCAAACUUAUAGUAACAUGAUAACAAUUUAAAAACAAAGAUGUGGUGUUUAAGAUGAAAAAUGAAAACAUUUGAGUCGAUUUCAGUCAAUAAAAAGUAAUUACUCUGCUUAAAAAAUGUUCUAUCUUUUAACUAAAAUUAUUAUUCAAUCAGGAAUUUGUAUCGAGGCUGUACUUGUGUUAAAAUCUGUGCUAUAUCCAUGUUUUUUUUUACUCUUUUACUUGAUUAAUAACUGAAUUUAUUGCCUUAGUUUGAUGCUUUGGUUCAGACCAUAGACUGUAUACUGAAUGGACACCAUCUGCCUCCUCGCUGGGUGAAGCCACCACAAGAACAGCACCCUCUGGUGACGGGCUACAGUAUAGGUCAUAAAGCCCGCCUCCUUCAGCAAUCUCUAUGGCGCUGUGGACAAACUUCAGAAAUUUAUUACACAGAAUACACAUUUUUCUCCCCCCUGGUUGUGAUGUUGACAUGUAGUUACUGUAAGUCUGGUUUGUGCUCAAGUCCUCUUUUUUCUGUGCAGCUUAAUUUUUAAAAGUUAUUAGGGGAUUCAUGUUUUCUAUGAUCGACAGUUGAUACAGCCUAUGGGCGUACGAAGAUUAGGUAGUUCACCCGUGGGGGAUACGCUAUUUGAGCCGAGUGUCAUCACAGCAACUCUCAGCGACUCUCCCGCCAAAUGCAUACAAUGCUAGUGUGCAAGUGGUGGUUCCAGGAAGUGGAGAAAGUCCAGAAAAUACUGAGAGCAAUUCUGCUUCAAAUUCGUAUAAUGACGGAAGGCGGAGCCAAGUUGUCCAUUGUAUAUACAGUCUUCAGUUCAGACUCUUCUGCCGAUGCAAUGCUGUUUAGUUGUCCCUGCUCAUACAAGGGUAAUGUAUCAAAAAGACGAUCCUGACCACAAGCCCAUUCUUCCUGUUCUUGGGUGGGGGGAUCCGGGCUCAGCCCCUGAUAUCCUAUGGCUAAAGAAACGCCCCUGGACAGACAUUGCAGGGAUUCUUGGUUUACUGCUCUGAGCUGUGUGAAGAUGCUGAUUAAAUGUAUGGAUUUGACAUUAAAAUAAUAUGUGACUUCAAAAAACCAAAUUAUCCCUUUAAUCUAAUGUACUACCAUAAUAGAAUAGAAUAGAAUAGAAUAGAAUAGAAUAGAAUAGAAUAGUCCUUUAUUGAUCCCCCAUGGGGGAAAUUUUUUUGUCACAGCAGCAUUACAGACAAGACAAAAAGUGCAAAAAUGCAGUUAUAACAAUAACAGAGGAACAUGUGUUUAUGCUGGGUAAUUGACAACUGUAAUGUUACACCAUGUACACCCUAACAUCCAACCACCCCACCUGAAAGCUUUAACAUGUAGCUGUGGAGCACAAACACACACUGCUCACACUUAGACACACUCGGACUCUGUCACACUCUGAUGCUGACGAAGACGAAUCCCCUCAUUUCCAUUUAGAGCCUUUAGGAGAGUCUUUAGGAGCUCUGACCCGGAGUGAGUGGAGUUAGGUGGUGCUGAUCCAGACGAGCUGUUGACUCAGAGGAGAGUGAUGAGUGAGACCAGCGCUCUGUGUUAACCUCCACACACACUCACACACACACACACACACACACACAGGGCGGGGCUGUGGGGGUUAAAAGAUGAGGCCCCUGCUGAGGAUCAUCUGUUUUCCCUCGUUCUGCCUGAGGUGUGUUGUGGCUCGUUGGAGCUGUGAGGGAGUCCGAGCGUUUAUAGAGCGUCUUUAAAACAGCUGUAAAACAUCGAGUAAAAACAUGACCAGCUCUAACUACAGAGCACCGAUCUUUGUGUGUGAGUGUGUGUGUGCGUAUGUGUGUGUGUGUAUAUUCAUUAACUCCCUCCAUGUGUGCUGAGCCAUGUCUUGGCGUGAGAAGAGUUUGUUAUUUGCAUUUCUGAAGCUCUAUGUAUUUUAUUUGUUUUAUAAGACACAAGAACAUCAUGUUUUUUAUUCUGUCCAAGGUUUUAAGUUUUAUUUUUAUGCUUAUUAUAUGUCUUUAAAUUUUACGACACAGUAAAGUCAGUUAGGAUUGAUUGUUUGGUAAUAUGGUUUGGGUUUGAUCAGGAUUUAUUUUAGCUACAGCUGGUACAGAUAACAGUUUUACUGGGAUUGAUUUAUUGAGUCAGAAAAUUUCAAGCACAAAUAUAAACCCUUUUUUACAAACAGGCUUAUUUGACUCGACAAAGUAACUCAUCACACUGUGAGCCCCAUUUAAGCAGUAGAGUUAGAGUGAGUUAGAGAGAGCAGUAGAGUGUGUGUGUAUAUUUUUUUUUCUGAGUGAGUGAGUAAAAAUGACUAGCUGACUAAAAUAUUUCUUAUCACCAUAUGAACUCCCUUGAAAAUAACGACUUUGUUAUAGUUAUUUAUAACCACUGCGCUAAAUAAAGAUAGCAUGUAAAUUCCAGGACCACUCUUACUUACCUUAUUCCCUACAUGCAGCUAUCAAAUCCACCCAAGCCUACGUACCCUCUAUCACUAUUGCCGGGUGAAAAUAACCCGAACACCUGCCUGUAGGAAAAAUCAGGUUUUGGUUCAGGGAAACAAAUAUUCCUUCAAAGAUGUCAAAGGCGAUGCUGAAGCUACCUAGGGACCCAUAAUACUCAGACAAAUGCAACAUAAUGAAAAUCACGUAAACAUGUUUGGUCGGGUGAAAAUCAACCGGCGGUAGUGUUCCAGGGUUAAACUGAGACUUGUCGGAUUACAGAUCUUAUUAGACGGAUAAUAUGAAGUUUCUCCUAAAAAUCUUUGAAUGUGAAAUGAUGUAAAAUAUUCCUGAAAUUCAAAGUUAAAGGAAUGAUUGAUUUGUUGUGCCUGACAGUGUAAUAAUCUGAAAUAAGAUCUAAGACAUAGAUUUGGUAUGAAAGAUAAAAUUGUUUUUUAUCUUCCAAGAGUGAAAAACAAGCAGGGGUAACAAUUCGAAAUUUGUCCGGGUGAUUUAAUAAAACUCUGUAAAACAGCAAAAGUGCAGGACUGAUCUCCAAACAGUGUUGGUUGACUGGCUUAGGAAACAGGAGUUCACAGAUAAUAUUUUGACAGUCUGACAGCAGCUAACCUCUGUGUAGUUCUACUGGGUUACAAGCUCCUCUUAUGACCUCUGACCCCUGGAGGGAUCGCUUCCCCCUGUGGGCUGUAACUCACACGGAUCCCCCUGAGCUUAAACAUCCUGAGAGCAAAGUCAGAGCUGCUCAGACACCAGUACAGUCCUCUGUCUUCUUAACCUGACUUUUGACUCCUGAACUCUCUCUGAUGAUGGAUGUUUAGAUAAACUGUCACUGCACUAGAACUAGGAAGAGACUCUCAUGUGACUCCAGACUGAGCCUCACUGUAAAAGUUUGUAAUCCGUUUUAUUCUGCUCUGUUUGUUGCAGGUGGAGAAGCAGCGAGCUGAUCUAACCAGAGAGCUGGAUGACCUCACUGACCGGCUGGAGGAAGUGGGCGGAGUCACAGCCUCACAGGUGAACUAUUAACACAAAGACCUAUGUGACUACAUUAGAGCCUGCACUCUCUAUCAGUCUCUCCUCUGUCCAGUCUCAGCAGAUGACUGUCUAACAUCAGUCUAGUUCUGCUCGAGGUUUCUGCCUGUUAGACACCUACAUUUCAGACCAUAACAUCAAUCCUGUGCGUGAUCAUCAGAUGGAGGUGAAUAAGAAGCGGGAAGCCGAGCUGCAGCGUCUGAGGCGAGACCUGGAGGAGUCCUCGCUGCAGUCUGAAGCUCUCGCUGUCUCUCUGAGGAAACGUCACGGAGACGCCAUGUCGGAGCUGAGCGAGCAGUGCGAGUCUCUGCAGAGGGUCAGAGCCAAGCUGGAGAAGGAGAAACAGAACCUGAGGAUGGAGGUGGACGAGCUGUCGGCCUCUUUGGACAGCCUGCAGAAAGCUAAGGUCAGGCAGAUCUCCAUGUUUAUCAGGUUUCAUUUAAAACACGCCAUUUGUGUCAGAGUGUAACAGAAUAUGUGUUUGUGCUGCAGACGUCCUCAGAGACUCAGGCGAAGAAGCUGGAGGAGCAGCUUUCAGAGGCCAAUAGGAGAGGGGACGACCUGCAGAGGGCGCUCACUGAGCUCAGUGUGGCCAAGAACAGACUCACAGGUACUCAGCACCUGUAAUAUGUGACUAAAAGGUUUAAAGAGGUUAUCCUGCAGCAGUGACACAGACUGCAAAGGCAUCCUAGGUGGAUCAAAGUAGAUCCACUGAAAGAUCUUGUUUCUGUCCCCGACAGGCUCAAACUAUGUCUAAGUGUGUGACAACAUUGCAGAAAGGAUCCCUGCAGAGACAGAGCUUUUUUUGUUUAAUAGGAGGAUGCAAACAGAUGUUACAUCACUGUCUAUAAAGACACCAGACUGCCCUGAUAAAAACAGUCAUUUCACACAUAGGGAGGAGCUGAGAGGUAUACCAUGAGGUGAGAAAUGAGGGUUAGCAGGGUCUUUGUUUAAGUUUAGAUCUGCAGUUUUCAUCCAUUCCCAUGAAGCUAGUGAUCUUCUGACUCGGAUAAACAACACUAACACACACAAAAACAACAUUAUGCUACUUCUCAUUUUAACAAGCUAUAGCUAUAGUUAUCACCAAAAAUGUUUUUAGGACUGAGACAUUAUAGAAUAUAAAAACUUAAACAUUACAUGGACAAAUAUGGACCUCCCCUACGGAUUGUACGUGUAAAGUUAUUGAAGUUACUGUAGCUUUGGUCAGUUCUCGAUUAGGUGAUUCAACUGGGCUGCUGUCCUUUUACCAGUUUACAUACACCAGGUAAGAAUUGAGUUAUUGACAGGAGCAUGUCUGCCUUUGCUUAAGUAGGCAGCCACAUGCCACCCUUUUCAUCUUGUGACUAUCAAGUCGUCUCUUGGUUGACUUUUUACCAAUUGAAACAGCCUGGAAAACGUUUCAACAAGAAGCUAACAGGAUGUGAUUUUUACAGCUCUCUGCUGUUUGUUGUUAAAGUUUCAUCAUUUUGACGUCUCUUCUUUGUCCGUAGAGGUUUUGUUUACUACCUGGCAAUUGAUCUCGAACCAUGUUAUCCAGGUAUUAGGCUGAUUCUGAGAAAUUUAAUUUCAGUCAGACUAAUGUGUUUACAUGCACGUUACAAGUCCAGUUUCAGUAGGGAUUGUUGCAAUAAAUUGACUUUUAAAGUGCAUGUAAACAUACUGCUUGCUUCUGUAUGUAUUGUAUCUAUAAAUGUAUUGUAUAAAAAAAAAAGUAUUAAUAUAUAUUAGAAAGAGAAACACAAGGCUUACAGGGCAUACAAAACAUAUUGAAUAAACAUGUCAUAGUCAGGCAGUCUGUGUCGAUUGCUUCGGUAAACUCCUCUGAUCUGGUGUAGUUUCUGUUUAUAAGUGAAAAAUGCUUUUCACUGUUUUUUUCAUUGUAUAGACCUGUUGAUCAAAAGCAAACAAACUAUCUAGAUUUUAUGAGAAUAAAAAUGACAAUGCAAUGACAAACUCACUCUGAAUUACAGAUGCAAACAAAGUAAAGGCUCAUAUUAGAUACUAAGUUCAUGAUAACAAAAGCAUCCUCUGAAUUACUGUUGCUGACAUCUUGUUUUGACUUGUGCAUUCUCCUUUUAAUGUACAUGAUAAAUCAAGUUGACCCAAAUGGAAAUUUAUUGAGGCUUUAAAAACUUUUUAAAACUCAUGAGACAUUUCUGAACUGUUUUCCAGCUGAAGAGUUCUCAUGAUUUCCACAUCAACUCCCUGCAAAGUGACACUUUAAAGAAUAAAAUGACUCCUACUGGAUGAUGCAUCACUCACAGCGUUCAGUCUUUGCUACUUUAUUUCUCUCUCAGUCUGAAACUUGGCAUGACCUCCAUCUGCUGCUGCAGCCCAGCAGAGAUAAUCAUAUCUACCAAACAAAGACGCUCACUGUUUGCUUGUUUUCCUUGUGUUUGCUACAGUAUCCACCACCUACAGUCUGCUACAGUGUGCAGAUAAUCAGUGUUGUUGUUGUUGUGUUUCCUGUCAGCUGAUAACGCAGACGUGGGUCGACAGAUGGAGGAGGCAGAGAGCAGAGCGGGUCAGCUGAGUCGCUCCAAAGCUCUGCUCCAAAACCAGCUGGAGGACCUGAAGAAGCAGCUGGACGAGGAGCUCAAGGUCAAUAACGAUUGACACUAUGGCGAUGAUGAAGAAGAGACCCUCCUGCUGGUAAUGUUUACACACGCCUCUCUUUGGUGUCUCCCAGGGUAAGCAGGGACUCAGCAGCAGCCUGAGCUCUGUGCGGCAGGAGUGCGAGGUGCUGAAGGAGCAGCUGGAGGAGGAGCAGGAGAGCAAACAGGAGCUCCAGCGACUCGUCUCCAAACUGAACAGCGAGGUGACGCACUGGAGGACCAAACACGAAUCGGACUCCAUCCAGCACGCCGAUGAGCUGGAGGAAACCAAGUAUGAUACCAAUCGGUCAGCGGUCUACGCUUUAAAUGUCUGUGACGAUUGGUUUGAAUGAUGUGUCUGUGUGUGACAGGAAGAAGCUGGCCGCCAGACUGCAGGAGGCCGAGGAGGCGGUGGAGGCGACACAAUCUAAAUGCUCAUCACUGGAGAAAACCAAACAGAGACUGCAGGGGGAGGUGGAGGAGCUGUGCAUGGACCUGGAGAAGGUAGAGGAGCAGGCGUGAGGCGUGAGGCUGCAGGAUGAUAAACUCUCUGUGGACGUUAUUUCAAUAUUUCCUUUUGUGUCAAAUGAAGAAAAAAACAAGACGCAUAAAAUGUCCUUUCUCAUUCUUUAAGUCUGAAGUUUUAUAAUAUCAUUCAGGUAUUGAUUAUCAACAAACAAGGUCCAGUCCUCGAGGCCCACUCUCCUGCAUGUUUUGGAUGUUUCCCUGCUCCAACACACCUGAUUCAAAUGAUCAGCUCGUUAUCAAGCUCUGUAAUGGCUUGAUAACGAGCUGUUCAUUUGAAUCAGGUGUGUCCUCAAGGACUGGACUUGAGAACGACUGCUCUAGCACAACACCUUACGACAAAACGUCAAAGAGACACAAAGACCUCACAGAUGCAGUAGCUUAUUGUAUUGCAAAAUACGUGCUGCCGAUAAGCACUGUUGAAUUUCAUUUUUAUGUUGUGAUAUAUAUAUCGAUAUCAACUGAUAUGAAAAAAAAUAUCGUGAUAAACUUUUUCCCAUAUUGCCCAGCCCUAACUUUAUACCUUAAUACACUUCCUAAAACAUUUUGCCUGAACUACGAUGCAGAACAAAGGCAGGCAUUUCUUAGCACAUAAUUUUGCUUAACAUAAGAUAAGUAGAUAAGUUUGCACAGGACAGAAUCAACAAACAACAACACCUCCGCUUUCAUCAUGUCUAUUUUGCACAUGCUCAGUUGUAACCUCUGAUGAUGUGUCCCAGGCCAGCGGCUGCGGUCAGGCUCUGGAUAAGAAGCAGCGCGUCCUGGAAAAGCAGCUGGGGGACUGGAAGCAGAAGUGUGAGGAGCUGGUGGCCGAGGUGGAAGGAUGUCAGAAAGAGAGCAGGCAGCACGCCGCAGAGCUCUUUAAACUCAAGACGACACAUGAAGAGUCUCUGGAGCAGAUGGAGGCGCUACGCAGGGAGAACAAAGCCUACCAGGGUAUGAACAUAUACUAAGACGACACAUACAUACACAUUUUUCAUAAAGAUCUGGAGCCCUCAGUUUGCUCUCUGCAAAGUCAGACCAGUCUUGGUCAUUCUGUCAGUAUAAAUGUUCAUCAAACCCACUUCCCAACUUCUUCAUUUGUGUUUGUGCUCAGAGGAGAUCACUGACCUGACCGACCAGCUCUCAGAUGGAGGUAAAAGUGUUCAUGAGCUGCAGAAAGCCAAAAAGAAGAUAGAGAUGGAGAAAGAAGAGCUGCAGGCCUCGCUGGAGGAGUCAGAGGCCGCUCUGGAGGUACAGAGAUUAAUCUGCGUGUCUGUUUUGACACACAGAGAGCAGGAUGUGCUCUUUGAACAUCAGAUCUCAUUAAACUGUCGUCUGUCUCUCAGGCCGAGGAGACGAAGGUUCUGAGGCUGCAGCUGGAGUUGUCUCAGGCUAAAGGAGAUCUGGAGCGCCGACUCCAGGAGAAAGAGGAGGAGGCCGAAGCUGCGAGGUACAUCAACUUUCUCUUUAUGCUUAUUUUUUUCUCCUCUCCUUCACAUGCUACACCAUCCCUAUUCUAACUCCAAUUCAAAGAGAGAGAGAUCCCUAUAUUACUGUCUGUUUUAUCAUUUAUAGAGCAGAUGUCGUACCAUGAAAUAUCCCAGUAAGACAGAGAGAAGACUUUUGUUUUCAAAGCUGUUUUGGUGUUUAUUUCCAUCUAUAAAGGGAUCACAAGCAGCAAAGUUCUGACUCUCUGCUCCUCCUGUGAUUCACUGUGGAGUAAAGCUAUUUUAUUAACACUUUCUUUACUUUUUACAGACUCACUCUGAGGUCAAUUUGAACUUCAAAACGUCCUUUCGCAUAUUUCUGUCCUCUUCUGACCCCCUCUUGGAUCACAUUCACUUAUUAACAUAUUCAUCCAUUUCUUUAUACGUCUCCUUAUCCGUAUUUAUUCUGAUGGGAUGUUGUCUUUUUAGCUUCUUCUUUCCUUUUUCCUCUUUAUGGUGUCAUCGUAUUCUCCUCCGGUGCAUUAAUUGCAGCCAUUUAUCCACUAUGAUUUAUAAUUAAUUUCUUCUGUGCUGUUAAAAUCCAUUCACUGUAAAUCCUCAAUUAAUGAUUUUUAUUUUAUCUGUGGCGGGGAUCCUAAUAUUAACCAAGACCAUGAGCUGAUUUAUAUUUCUUAUUGGAGUUCACCAUGAUCACUCACAACCAUACAUGCAUCCUGUUUAAUUAGACUUAAACCACCGCAGAUUAAUGAAGCUCAUCACAGGUCAUCUCUGUGCUGUUUUUUCCUUUUUUUUAUUCUUGUUGUGACUGAGUUAACUGUCAUCAGCAUCUCUACACCCACUCAGAGCUGCUCCGUGAACGCGCACCCCGAUAAAGCCAAAUUAAAUUUAUUUACAGUCCAUGACAGAUGUGUAAAAUUUCAUUAAGGCUAUUUUACACCCACACACAAACACAUGCUGAGUUGUAAUUAGCUCUAAAUAAAGACAUAAGUAACUCUUUAAAUUGAUGCCAACAUCAUUGACACACAUGAGCAUUAAACCCUAAAUUAUUACGAAUAAUGUAAUGUCUAUUUGGCUGGAGUGAUUCAGUAAGACCCUCACUCUGAGUAAAUUAUAAACAGUUGUAAUUAUAACCAGAGAUUUUGAUAUAAAGGCCUGCCUCUAAUAAAAGCCUGCUCGAUAUAAAGGCCUGCCUCUAAUAAAGGCCUGCUCCAUAUAAAGGCCUGCCUCUAAUAAAGGCCUGCUCCAUAUAAAGGCCUGCCUCUAAUAAAAGCCUGCUCCAUAUAAAGGCCUGCUCCUGGUACAUGAGGCAGUCAAAACACAUAAUAGACCUGGCCUAUACUUGAGGAUUUACAAUAUUCUACUUUGUCUGUCAAAGCAUAUUUUUUUUAUUUACUUUACUUGUGGGAGAUUGUGAUCAGGAUCGAAAGCUUCCUUGUACUGGUUAACUUAAAGAUAUCAUGCUCCAUUUGUUGGUUAUUUCCCUCUUUCAACCAGUCACCUUUUUACUUGAGAGCCUGACAGAUUUAAGUUCCCUCUGUUUUUUGCCAGUUAGCCAUAACUGGCACAAGUCCACCUCGUCCAACUGUGUUAGGCCUGAGAUCACUCAAGUUGGCCAAACAAUCUGGACUUUGGGGGUGAAAUGCUUAAAUUACAACCGUGAAACUCGGAACAAAACUGCAAACUGGUGUGUUUCUUGCUGUUACGAUUGUUUACAGCUCUGCAUCAUGGCUCCUUUUUACUGCACCAUGUCCCAUUGGCUUCCUUUUCCAGCACUAGUUUGCUCUAUAAACAAACUCUGAUCAGAUUUAAACCCUUAAUUUCUGUUUUUCAUGCUGUCCUUUACCUCCCUCCAUCUCUACACUAAAGUGAUAUUUCAAUUCAAGGUAAGGCUUGUCUCAGCAAUCCUUCCUUUUCUGUCUUUGCAGUGAUGUAUGCACACUUGCUCACAGCUUAACUUCUGUUUUAAUCAUCCCGUAUCAGGAAAAGCCACCAGAGGGCGCUGGAGUCCCUGCAGGCCAGUCUAGAUGUGGAGCUAAAGGGCCGAGCAGAAGGUCUGAAGCUGAAGAAGAAGCUGGAGUCUGACAUCAACGAGCUGGAGCUUCAGGUGGACCUGCUGACGAAGAACAACACCGAGCUCAGCAAGAACAACAAGAAGAUGCAGCAGCAGAUCAAGGUCUGGUUUGAUCUGAUCACGGUGUACCAGGAGCCUCUCUGCAGAUGCACCACUUUCUCCCUGACACAUUAUCUCACCUCUGUUUCAGGAGCUGCAGGCUCAGCUGGAGGAGGAGGUGAGGAGCCACGAGGAGCGCAGGGAGGAGCAGGCAGCUGUGGAGCGACGCUGCGCCCUGCUGGUCAGCGAGGGAGAGGAGACUCGUGCAGCUCUGGAGAGCGCAGAGAGGGCACGAAAAAGCCAGGAGACAGAGCUGCAGGAGGCCACCGAGAAGUACAGUGACCUCAACAACCAGGUGAUACCAGGGAGCAGAUUUCUCUAAAGUCUUUAAAAAACAAAGUGAAACCCCAAACUGAUGACUUUCUUUGUGUUUUAGCUCCAGUCUGCUCUGAGCGGGAGGAGGAAGCUGGAGGUGGAUCUGCAGACUCUGCAGCAGGAGCACGAGGAGCUGCAGGGGGAGCUGAGAGGAUCUGCAGAUAAGAGCAAGAAGGCCAGCUGUGAGGUAAAACGGAGAUGUCAGAGCAGCAGAUGUGAGAUUUCUUCUGUUUUAAAGAGUGUUUCUGUAAUAAAUGGGGUGACUCUUUUAGUUGGCGAGGGUGGGAGAGGAGCUGCGUCUGGAGCAAGAGCACACGCUCCACCUGGAGAGGGUGAAGAAGGGUCUGGAGGCUCAGAUUAAAGACAUGAGCAGCCGGCUGGACGAGGCUGAGCAGAUGGCUCUGAAAGGAGGGAAGAAGAUCAUCCAGAAACUAGAGGGAAAGGUACAGACACACGUUCAUAUCAGAAUUUUGAGUGUAGGGAUUGAGAGAUGCCAGAUGUAAAGAUGCACCUAAAAACUGUCUGGUCUCUGCAGGUGAAGGAGCUGGAGCUGGAGCUAGACUCGGAGCAGAAACGACACGCAGAGACGGUGAAGACACUGCGUAAGAACGAGCGCCGACUUAAAGAGCUGCUGUUUCAGUCGGAGGAGGAUCAGAAGAACCAGCUGAGGAUGCAGGAGCUGGUGGAGAGGCUGCAGAACAAGAUGAAGGCCUACAAGAGACAAGUGGAGGAGGCGGUAUGUCUCCUUUUCCCUUACUCUCCCAGGAAGUUUCUAAAACACCGACAAGGUAAAGUGACCCUCUUGUUUCUGCAGGAGGAACAGGCGAACAUGAACCUGGCCAAGUACAGGAAGACAGUCCACGAGCUGGAUGACGCUGAGGAGCGAGCCGACAUCGCUGAGUCAGCCCUCACCAAGAUCAGGACCAAGAACAGAGGCAGCUUCGGCAAAGGAUACUCCUCUGUAAGAAAACAAUGACCGGAUGUAAACACUCCUACUCUGGAUUCAUGCGACGUUAGAAAUAUGUGGCAUAAACUGAUCAACUAAACUGAAUUUCUAUCCAGGUCAGGGCUGUAAUGAUACCGAUUAGGAAUAGGAUUUUUACCUCAUGAUUGUCCUAGUCAUAAAAUAUCCCAAUACCAAUAUCCACAGGGGGCGCCAAAGUCACCACAGACAGAAAGUUCCUCACAGGAGCUUUAAUAGAAUAUCCACAAGGAUAUCAAAGAUUAUGAGGAUCUUUUAAUGAUUAAAAGUUCAGCCCUUUUUGGUCCCAGUGGACAUUUUUAUUCCCCCCCUUAAAUUGAAGUUUAUGUAAACAAAGAAAUAUAAAAAAGGAUAAUCCUGAAAAUUAAAAAAGAAAGGAAUAAAAUACUUUUUAAAACAAAAAAAAAAGGGGGGGGGUACAUUUCCAAUUUCUGACAUCUGGUGGUCUAUUUGAGGCUCCUACACUCAGAAAAAUGAAUCAGGGCAUAGUUAAGUAUUGACAGCGAUUUGAUUUUGUUUAAAUGAUUAUUUAUUCAUUCAAAUUUUUUAAAAUCAGCAUAAAUCUGUUAUUCUGAAAACAACUAAGAUUCGUUUAAGUAACAUUUAGUAGAGAAACAAAUUUGAGAUACGAAUGAUGAAUGCAUAAAUCUUCAUUAAUUAUUCUAAACACAUGAGGUUUAUUGGUAUUAUUACAUAAAUCUGAUUCUUAACUGUUUCAUUUACAUUUGACUGACAAAUAUGCAGCACAAAAAGUUUGUUGCCUUACGGCUCAGCUCUUUCUUCACCAUUACUUAAGUUGGUAUAACUAGAGAAGCAAGCGGUCUGCAGUAUUCAUCUCUCGAGGGGGUGUCUGACUCGGUGUUACGGUGUGUUUGACCCUAAAUUAAAUUUAUGCCAAAUAUCCCUUUAAGCUUUCUCAUCAAUUCUCAGAUUUCAAGUAAAAUAAAUCUGUGAGCAGUGAUAAGGGUGAACCCCUGACGCCAAACGCAAAUAAUGCUGCAGCAAUAAUAAAGACUCUAUGGUAUGAUUGUCUUCUCCUCCAGGGUUACAGCACUCCAUAUCCCAGCCUGGUCAGGUCCCCCAGCUCUGCAGGCUCAGAGGGCCGAGGAGAGAAGAUCCUCAAUGAUGACGAGGAGUCCGUCAGCUCCCUUAUCCCUGCGUAUCUCAACUCCCUGAAGAAGCUCAUGGUGGAUUAG